AUGUCAACAACAUCAUAUAAUAAUCCUGAGGUGUCUCAGACUCAAUCUCAGUACGAGUCACAAUCUGCAAACACAACUAAUUCUUCGUUCUAUUCAUCAGAGCAACAACAAGCCCAACAGGAAAAUAGAUUUACUACAAAUAAUAACCCGGAACUGUCAUCAACAUCAUAUUAUAAUGCUGAAAAAUCAAAUUCAUAUACUAAUUCUGAAGUGUCUCAGAAUCAAUCUCAGUACGCAUCACAGCCUGCAAACACAACUUACUCGGAUGCCUUGAGUGUCUCACAAACAUCAUCAUGGAGCAAGGAAAGUAACGCUGCCUAUCCAUAUGGAUCCCAAACUGCUAAUAAUAGUGGAAUUAAUGAAACGGCGCAAGAGUAUAGCGCAUCUCAGUUGAAUAACACACAGAAUACCGCUGAUUACCUCUCGAAUAGCACACAAUUUUCGAAUCAGCAGCCAGCCGGAUACACAUACUCAGACCAGGAACCGUGGCCAGCUCAGACCCCUUCCCCAUCCCCUGCACCAUAUCCGACAUACGCUCCUUACCCAGCUCCUUAUCCGUCACCAUACCCUUCUCCCUCUUAUGCACCAUAUCCUGCUCCUUAUCCGGCCUAUGCCCCAUAUCCUUAUCCUUCUCCUGCCCCCUAUCCAUAUCCCUCUCCGGCUUCUUAUUCGUCUUAUCCAGCUCCAUCCCCAGCUCCAUCUCCUGCGCCCGCUAAAGAGAGCAACGAUCAGAGUGAGUAAAACAGAUAGAAAAAUACCAUUAAAAUUAUAAGUGCCAAUAAAUUUUAGUGUUGUCUUAUAAAUAAUUACUUACUUACUACAUUUGAGCUAUGUCCAGAAAACAAGAUUUUGGUGUUUGGUUUGCUUUCGAAAUAUUCCUACAAACGCCAGCCCCACACUCGUCUAGAUUAUAAUAGGAGUACUGCAGGCGACACUCGUCAGGGAAACGGCACUUUUUAAAUUUAAACCUAAGAUGUAGAACGGGACACAGCUUUCGUGGUUCUGAUUAUAGUAGUACAUUCAUAGAAUUCUUGUUCUGGGAUAUUAACUGAAGAUGCUCGGAUUUUCAAGAGGUCACAAUUUAGGGACAACGCUUCGCGUUUUCUUCAGCGGGUCUUUCUAUCUGAGGAGCCUGGUCACUCUAUAUUCUCUACCGGGCCUACACGGGUUCCUUCUAGAACCCUUUGCAAUAGCCUUACAAAGAGAUGUGACCAUGCAUAACUUGGCAUCCAUGGGAAAUUUUAAUUACAUCCGACUGACUCAUUUGCUCAAAUUAGAUCAAUUACCCCAAACGUACUGCACUGCAAACUACUCAGCAGGGUGCAACUAAAUAAUUAACGGCAUGACCAUGUUAAAAUGUCAUUGCCGAUUACAGUGUUAGUUCAUAAUACGAUAAUGACGCACAUUUCUUUUCUUUAGCAUAGAACAGCUUUUAAAGUUAUUGUCAACUCUUGCAGAAACAUCCUGUCAGCUGGAGCGGCAGAUGGCAAAGACAAUGGAAGACGCCUUUGUACCUGAAUGCAGUUCAGAUGGUAGCUACGCCGAUGUGCAGUGCUUUGAACACGAGGGAUUUGCCAAACAGUGCUGGUGUGUCACCAAAGACGGACAGGAAAUUCAGGGAACCCGUAUGUCAGACGGGCAAACACCCAACUGUGCUAUUGUGGCUGACAAGGUGGAAGAAAAUAAGCAGGAACCAAAGCAGCAUGAUGGGCCAAAGAAGAUUAACAUGGCAGUACCAUCUGGGAAUGGAACAAAAUUUGAAGUCGAAGUUGAAGUAACUCUCAAUGACACGAUAAAAGGUGAAGUUAUUUUCGAAAAAAUCUUUGCGUCACCAGUUGUUAUUACUUUAACGGAUACAUACAGGGGGGUGGCCAGCCCAUAGAUCUGUAGGCCCGGGCCUACAAAGUUUUGGUUCGAUAAUUCUACCGCUCAGUAAUUAAUUUAUGCGUUAUUGGGGUGAGAUAAAAAGCUGAAGGGCUCAGAGUGAUGGUACGUUAGGUCAGUGCAUACUAGUCAUGUGUGCAACUUUCAGGAUGUGUGGAAAUGAAGUCAGCCUGGCCUACAACUAGUCGAAAAGCUGACUACGCCCCUGACAUAUAGUAACACAUUUUGAUAACAAAGGGACGUAAAUCAUUUGUGACAGCAGUUUUUCAUAAUAACCAGGGGCAAACCAUUUGAUCGCAUUCGAAAUUUCGAAUUGACUGAAAAGGAAGGACUUUUAAUCGUCAUAUUGGCUAACUUCGGGAAUCAUAUUCAGUUAACACUAAUACCAGUUAAAUGAUACUAAAAACUUCCGAAGGUGAAAUAGUUUUGAUGGAAGGUUAAUUAGAGAUUACCUGCUGUAAAUAUAACCCUUCAAUUAAUCCAGUGGGAAAGUCCGUUAGGGCGACGAAUUAAACCUCCAAUUUUUUUAAGAACGUUUAAAAAUAUAAUAUAUUCACUUUAAAACUUCAUUCACAGAAAUAGUAAGAACCCAGUGUCAAAAGGAAAGAGACAUUGCUAAGUCGCCUCUCAUCACUGACAUCUUUGUGCCUGCGUGCGACAAGGAAGGGAACUAUGUUCCCCAUCAGUGUUUUGAACACAACACUUACGGAAAACAGUGUUGGUGUGUGGACUCUUCAGGCCAGGAGAUUAAAGGAACAAGGGUAAACGACGGAACGACACCAAAAUGCGGUAAGUGUAGAAGAUCUGUUGUCUUUGUUUAGCAGUUGCAUAUUAUUCUGCUCUAGCUAAUUCAAUGCUGUUACUCAGGCAACCAUGCUGUUUUCGGGAGAAUCAGAACUCCACUCAACGCAAAUUGUAAUCCAAACCUUUCUCGUGAUUAGCGUUCUUCUACACUGCAUAAUGAGGGCUGAUUCACUGAUUUUUAAAUUUAAAAGUAUUGCAGCGAGAAAACGUCCUGCGCUAGUGUUUUACAGUUCCACAACGUUAUAUAACACCCCUUGUUAUGGAAUGGCAUUAUAACAUGCACGCACCCUGUCCGUUUAAGUAAUUCCUGGCAAAUCUAGUAGAACUUCGUUGGUUCUUAGUCUUGAUAAAUGAGCAUCUCAGUCAAAUUUCACUAAAAUUAAGAUAGUGCUCAAUGUCCAAUACUUCACAAGGCAUUUAAUCACUGCAAUAUCCAGUUCGAAGAUACUAUUACGACUUUACCUCAUAGCCAUACCUUUCAAAAUCAUUGAAUCCGUCACAACAACGAUUACAUGUUCCUAGCUUCCAGUACAUGUUUUCUUUCUUCAGACAAAGUUCACGCCGACGUUUCAAACGUUCCCAACUGUAACAUGGGUCCUUAUGGUUGUUGUGAGGACAAGACAACAUUCGCUAAAGGUCCCAAUAUGGAAGGCUGCCCACCUCAAACCAACCAGAAUCCACUGCAGACGGCUGUCUUAGAGUCGCCCGCUUACGCUCAGAGUAAAUGUCAACAGGAACAGCAGAAACCGAAAGCAAUGGGAGCCAUGGACAUGUUUGUUCCUGAAUGUGAGCCCUCUGGUCUUUUUAAAGCUCUUCAGUGUUAUACUUACCCUUCCAGUGGAAAGGAAGACUGCUGGUGCGUGGACCAGAACACCGGCCAAGAAAUUCCAGGAACAAGAAUCACUGGAAGCAGGCCAAAUUGUGAAGGUAUUUACUUGAUUAUUACAUACGUUUAACGGUUGACCUUUUCUUACCUUGGACCAGCAGGACAAUACACCAAUCCGAAGUCUAUUUUACAUUUAACUGUUCUUUUAUUUGCUACUCUGCUUUUUUCCGCAGCAAAUGCCACUCAAGGCCCUCCCACCACAACCACCCCAGCAGCUACCACUCAACCCACACCGCCUCCUUCCGUGUAUCAUGUCUACUGCCAAGUUACUGUGUAUGGAUGUUGUCCCGACAAUCGAACGGCGGCAAGUGGGCCGAACCAGUACGGAUGUGCAUCACAGCCUCAGCUACAGCCACCACCACAACCGAAUCCAAUACAACCAUCACAGCUCCUGCCACAACCGCAGCUGCUACCGAAACCACCAACUCAACCACAGCCGAACCCUCAACCACCAUCUCAGCCGCAGCCACAGCCGAACCCUCAACCACCAUCUCAGCCGCAGCCACAGCCGCAACCGAAACCACCAGCUCAGCCACAGCCAAAACCUCAACCACCUUCUCAACCGCAGCCACAGCCACAGCCGCAACCGAAACCACCAACUCAGCCUCAGCCGAAGCCUCAGCCACCAUCACAGCCGCAGCCGAAGCCGCAGCCACAACCGCACCCUCCGCUACUGCCGCAACCACAGCCUACAGUCAAACCUACAAGACCGCUUGGACCUACGUUUCCCACAGGUACAUGGAGAGAUAAAGUAUUAAAAAUACCCAGAACGAAAAAGGGUUGGUUUGGUAGCACUUUUGGGUUUGAUUUUGAUUUGAGUUUUAUUUCGCUAAAGGCAAUAAACUUACUGUGAUUCAUGUGUGGACUGAGAAUGUUUUCGGCCAAGGUGCGCCACCAAAUAAAACUUCAAUUCAUUUCCCGACAUUUAACCAAAGAAACUCCUUUUUAUUUUCUGAAUACCAGCAUUUACCAAAGACGCUUGUGCAUCGCUGUUGUUGGGACAGGUUUGGUACGAACAAUUGACUGAUAAAUCCCUCGUUUACCUCAGGCAACUUAACAAGGAGAUCGUGGAAGGGGUAAGUGGUAGUUUAAUUAGAUUGUACAACAAUGGUAUUUGUAAUUUCUGUGUCACAUCACUGUCCCCCUACUUUAUUUAAACCAGACUGGCACGCUAACAUUGUGUCUUACCUGUCAACUAAAUAUAUGGCGUAACUAAAAUUAAAUGCUGAAAAGAAAGGAAAAAUUGGAAGUCUAUUUGCAAAAAAUGUUUGAGACAUUAGGUUGGGAAAACGGGGACAAAAGUAAACUGUUUCAGUCUGGCGAACAACGAAUGCACCGUCCUCAGUAUAUAUGCCUCCUUUUGUGGUCUGCCAUGGCCAAAGUCACCGGAGCCACAUAUGCUUCUAUAAAGGAUUGUAGUUCACCUUUUCCCUUCGAGAAGUUUAGAAAAGUGAUCCUGAAUUUUGGUCGAAAAUAAUUUUAACUUCAUCAUCUACCAGCAUCUUUAUCCCCAUCAUCGUCAUAUUCAUCGUCAACAACGAUAGUCAUCAUGCAGAGGAUCUUCCUGAUUACCCAGUCUCUUAAACAUCCUUAUAUACAAAUAAAAAAUUCCACUCUGUAUCUGCGUAUAUAGUGUUCCUAAAGGUAUAGGUUACCGGUGAAAAACAUUUUUAAAUAGUUUACUACGUUUACAAUUACUUUGCAGCUCAACAGUAUCUACAAAGGAGUACAUCCAGACUUUGUUUCAGCUCGUCUAACUGGAAUCCGGUAUGGAAUCCACAUACUCAGUAUAACAACUAUGACUGAUUAGUUAGCCACAGCAGGAAAUUAUAAUACCACUACACCUGAUACUAAAAAAUAAAGGUAUCGAGGGAAAUAAGUGAAACUGUAACGUAUUGAACUUUCUUGACGAAUAAAUGCAACACUGAUAUAGUUUUCAUUUAACAAAGUAUCGCUCGAAUAGGGUACAUCGCAUUAUUUAUCUUGAAAUUGCAAAAGCCUCCAAAAUAAUUUUAAGAGUACAAAUUUUAUCAUUUGUUUAUGUUGAAUGGUAUUUUUUGCAGGAAAGCAAAGAAUCCUUACGUGCUAAAAGGUCCUUAUAUCAUCAACAUUUACUUCAUCGUUUCGUUCCGCAAACCGGUUGCUGAUCCGCUUGCUACGUUAAGAGACCAUUUGGUAUCCAAGAAAAUGGUCAAAAAACGACAAGUCAUUCCUCAAUCUUUACACUUGAUUGGUAAGGACGAUAAUUUAUUUUUGCUAGUGUAACAAAAGUUCGGUGCUAAUUUGCCUGGGGAUACUCAACCUGAAAGAAGUUUUUUCUUCUUAUCACAGUUGGCAAAAGGUUAACAAUAAAAUAGAGUCAGUAUUAGAAGAAAUGCAUGGCAAUAGCUAAAGCGACGUUCCAGUGGCUCUUUCAUAGAAACCACUUGUGCCUUGUAUAGUCACGUGCACCCUGCAUUCAUCAAAAGAUAGUUUAAAAAUCCAUAUUACGCCAACGCUUCAAAGGCGAGAAACAAAGCGUCUAAGCCACGCGAGCCGAAAGAAGUGGGAGAGGACAGGGGAUGGUAUUCUGUAAGAAUAGAGGGGUGGGGGAGAGGGAAGUGGAUGAGGGAGGAGCGGGAGGUAGGAGAAAUAUAGGGAAAUUACGCAACAAUGCAUAAUUUGGAAGCAAAGAAGACAGGGGCGCUGCUCAAAGGGAUCGCAAAACUCAAACUUCGGUAUUCGUAUGCAUUGGCCUGAAGGUGCAAAAUGCCACUGGUACCCGUAUGCACCAAUGCAUCGUUAGCACGUUCCUCAGUGCAAGUUAAUUUUGGGAAACUUAUCUCGCUUUAUCAUCUGUUAUUACUCCUUGUUUCUUUUUAUCCCUUAGUUCCUUACGACGCAAAGACCAAUAAAUGUCCACCAAAGGGCUAUAAGCCAGCUCCUUUACCAAAGCCUGUCCAUCCUCCAGUGAUACCACCUCGGCCCACGAAAGUGCCGCAAGUUGGUCCGCCUGUGGCAGCCCUCCUAGCUCUACACUUGCCCUUUGAUCGCCAUUCGGGCAUACACGUGUUAGAUACUUCCAAACACGCAAACAACGGGAUACUUAACAACGUGGACGUAUCGCGAUUACCUCAGGCCUGUGGCUUAGCUGGAAUAUUUUCCUCUGGCAAUGUGUCGUUUAACGGCAAGAAAUUCUUUCCAAAGCCCAGUGUCGCGGUGACCAUUGCUAUGUGGGUAAAACUGGCCUCAACAAAGGGACGACAGUCAUUAUUUGAUACGGUCACUGCUCCUGGGAAGCCAGGAAGCUAUCAUUUUGAGCUAAUCGAUGGAAAAGUGAGGUGGUUUGUAAGGGGCUCAGACGAAAGUGUGAUAUUUAAUGUGACUACGGAUCGUGUGGUGGUGCCACCAAAUCAGUGGACACAUCUAGUUGGAACAUAUGAUAAUAAACAAGGUCAGCCUUUGUUAAACAUGCGUGACAGCGUCAUUUUUUGUAGUUUUUUCCUUCGUAUUCAAAAUUAUCAUUGUAAAAGAAAGUAUUAUUUACAAGGUACAGGGUACAAUCUACGAUUCCCUUAAUAUUUCUCGUAGACGGUCGCCAUUUUAGGCACUCAAAAAUACCAAAAAACUGCGAGGAUGACACUAACAUAAACUUGGUUUAAUACGUGGUAGUCCAGUUUUGCUUGUAGGGGAAUUUCCUUAAACUUAUUUUACACUGUAGGUCUACAGACCUACUAUAAGCGCAUCCUACCUCUUUUUCAGUUUUCGAGUGAUUCAGAGUUAAGAUUUUUUCUUGUACCUCCUCCUCAGCCCAACCAAAAAAAUAUUCAUACCAUUGGUCAACUUUAUGGUUAUUUUCCUGAUACAAGACAGACAACAAAAGUGUCAUAUUUUUCUUUCCAUUUCUAGGAUUAGCAAGGGUAUACGUCAAUACACAGCUGGCAAGUGAAGGAAAAGGUUCCGGAAUAUUGCCGCAGGACUGGAGCGAGACAGUAGGAAUAGGCAGUCACAAGGGUCAGAGGUUCCUUGGUGGAGCACUGGAUGAAGUAUAUAUUUACACGUCAGCUUUGACUCAAAAGCAAAUACGAGAACUAGCUUGUAUAUGCGAGGACAGCACAGGUAAUCGAGACUUGUCUCACUUGUCUUCUACGCCGGGUUCGCGGUGAGUUUUCUCUAAUACGCCAUUUUCACAUCUCCCAUAACACACCUUGUUCGCCCCCCUUGUUUCUCUAGGGACGACAGUAAUACCCAGUAGAAAUAAAAGAACAAAGGUUAUGCAAAGUGUUGGGAGGCAAACAAGGUGUAUUAGCUUGUAUUAUUGGAGAUGUGAUUCCAUCUCUUCUGCGAAUUUUCCCGCGUCUGCGCCAUUCUAACGCCUGCAAGCCAAUCGGAUUGCGGUAAUUCGUAGCAAACAUAAUGGCGGCGGCGGCAGUCGCUUGUUUUGAGGUAAAGAUACUUGAAAUGUGUUGCGUUUCUCUGCAAUGAUUUUUUUACAUAGUAAUCGCUAGCUAUUAUUGUGUAACUAUUGCUGUUUUUAGGAAUGAAUGUUGUGAAUUUUGAGAAAGAUGACGGCUUUCAAGGCAUGCGAGAGUAGACAGCUGUUUAGACAGCUGUUUAGAUCAUCCAGUUCCAUGUGAUUUCUCUUCUUUUGGAGUUCCUAUUUUAGCUUGACUAUUUUAAGUUGAUGACAUUUAUAUCUGUUUUUAUUAUUGAAGUGGCAGAUUACCAAGUUUAAUUCACAGAUCUGGUUCUUGCAUGCAUAAUCAAAGGUAGAAUUAAUUGGCACACUGUCACGCCACCAAUUCUUGCCAUACUGGCACAUGUACUAUGUGAUUUGAGUCUUAUUCGAUAUUUGCUUUUUUGUUUAGGUGUGCAUAUACCCAAGCCAGGAUCAUGGCCGGAAUGUAUGCGAGGGAAUUAUGGGACAAUAGCAACUAGCAAACCAACUCUAUUUCCAACAACCAAACAACCGUGUGUACCUUGUGUCAUUCCCCCAAACUGCCCUGUUCCACAGCCAUGCCCAACACAGUGUCCAGCACCAUGCCCUCCAGUGGCUACUACCCUAGCAACAACAGCAUUGCCGGCUACAACCAUAACAUCAGCGCCUCCGCCUACCACAACAUCAACAUCUGCAGCUCCGCCUACCACAACAUCAACAACAAAUUCAACUACUACCCCAUCACCUCCACCACCAACAUCCACCCAGAAACCAUGUGUUCCUUGUGUCAUUCCUCCAAACUGCCCUGUUCCACAGCCAUGCCCGGCACAGUGCCCAGCACCAUGUCCUCCAACAACAACAACCAUCCCAACAACAGAAGCAUCUCUAACAACAGAGAAACCUCCCCCUUCUACCACAAAACCGCCCCCUCCAGUCACACAACCAAAGCCUCCUUCCACUACGAAGCCGCCACAGACAACAGAAAAGCCAAGUCCGGUUGUAUUGACAACAACUCCAACGCCAAAGGUUGUCUUAACAACAACCCCAAAGCCUCCUCUUGUUUUUACAAGUAAGUUAAUGCAGUGCCAUUUUUUGUGGGAUUUUGCUCUGACUGUGCAAAAUUGAGAAAUCUAGGAUUUUUUUCAGAAGAAUUUAAAAAUUGGGAGUGGUUUUGACGGUUGUCAUUCCUGCAAGGAAAUGAUUGAACUACCACAAGUGACUAAAUCAUCAGAUAUUAAAAUGUAAUUUUGCACUUGUCUCCAUUACAUUGCUGUUGAGUUAAUACCAACCUUGUGUUGUUUGUCGUUAUUUCAUCAUGUUGAGCUGUUUUAAGGCUUUGUCACCUGUCAGAAAUUUAACCCUGACUGGCUUCAGUUCUUCAUCAAGGGUUAAAAAAUCAUUAUUAUUGAUGUUUUGAUGAAACACUGGCUAAUAAUUUCUUUUGUAAUUUUUUAAUCAUAGCUCCAAAGCCUCCAGGUAAGAAAACUAAUACCUAAUACUCCAAAAUGUUUUCUUAGUAUUAUAAUUAUUUUUGUGUUUUUCCUAAUUUGUAUGUUCUUGCUGUUUAAUUGAGCUUUCAAAUUGGAUAAUAUUAUUGCAACAUUAUUUUUGACUGAAAUGCACAUGUUGUUAUUCCAUGCAAAAUUCUAAAAUUUUCUUAUUUUCUUUUUGCACUCCAUGAAAACCCCGUAUAAGUCAUGUUUGACAUAAUUUUGAUAAGUACAUUGUAUCUUAGUACAAUUUUGAGAUUCUAAAGUAAGAGUUAGUGCACUGCAAUGUACAUGUAUGUUAUAUGAAUUGAACUUCACAAGUCUUGCAAUGACAUGUUCCAAACUCCAGCUCAUACUCAGAACCAAAAUGUAAUUAGAAUUUGAUCAACUGAUGUUUUAUUUACAAGAGAUGGACAAACUCUGUGGGUAAAUGGAGAGAUCAUUAUAACAUCAUUUGUUAUUGUUUUACUUUUACGUAUUACACAUACUAGUAAAUGGCAACUACACUGCGUGGAGUGCAUGGGAGGAAUGUUCAGCUACUUGUGGUGGUGGAAUACAGCAACGAGUGAGAACAUGCACUUAUCCAUCACCUGCAAAUGGAGGAAAGGACUGCACAGCACUGGGACCUGCAGUGGAGACAAAGGAUUGUAAUUCACAGCCUUGCCCAAGUGAGUAUUCAGGGCUGUACAUGUGCUCAGAGACAAAUUACACGUACACGAAGCCCCAUGCUUUGACCUGGGGAAUUUAGGGUACCCAGAAUAAUUAUGAUAUCUUGUGAAAAAAAAAAACAAGAUUUCCAAGUCGUCCAAGAUCAAAAAUAAGGUGCAAGGAACCAUGAGGACAAUAACAUAGUAAACUAUAAUGGGUUGGUGGCUCAAAUGAUAAAAAUAAUGUCUACAGUAUUACAUAAUGUUAGUGUUUUAAAUUAUCAAAACUUAUAGAUAAAAGAGGCAGUGACUGUGCAUGUUUGUCAGUAUGUCAUGUAUUUGUUUUAUAAAAUUUGUUGCCUGCUUAUGGUCAUGUUGUGCCAUUUCAGUUGAUGGUGGGUACAGCAACUGGGGCUCCUAUACAUCCUGCAGUGCAACUUGUGGGGGAGGGGAACAGGUUAGAACAAGACAGUGUAACAACCCCACCCCACUGUACAAGGGAAAAGACUGUAAAUGGAUUGGACCAGCAAAUGAAACAAGAGCCUGUAAUACCUUCUACUGUCCAAGUGAGUUAGUAACUAGUGUUUGUUGAAAUAACUGUCAUUGUUGUAACACUGGACUGGAGGCUUAUGACUUUUACGUCUUGUCAGCUUAAGAGAGAUCAUGGUUCAUAAUGAAUAAAAUGUUGCCAUCACUUUUCUUCUGGUCAUACUAGCGCAGCUUACAAGACCUAAUUUUUUUCUGAUGUUUUUUGCAUCAUCCUAAACUUGCCAACCUUACAGACACUGCAGUUACAUUGAAUGUGUUCUGCAAUUCAUAAGCAAACUCUUUUUUCAGUUAAACCAGUAUUUCCUCUGUCUCCUACAGUUUGUAUGAAUAAUAAUUAGGGCUAGAAGACAAAAGAAAUUUUGAAUCAAACCAGGUUAAUAACUGGCUUAAAGGGAGAGUGGAUUUAACCUACAACAUAAUUAUUAAAUAAUAAUUAUAAUUUAAUUAUGUAAAGUAUGCAAAAUGUUACUGUAAAUGCACUUUUGAUUACUUCCUUGUUAAGAACAAGCCUUAUUCAUAAUGAUUAUUAUCUUAAGGCACAAUCCUGGGCUUCUCUCUUUUCAUAUUCACCUCUGUCGAUCUUUCAUCAGAAACUUGUGGCAACAAAUCCAAUACAACUUUUGUUGAGUCCCUCCUUCGCAGACCAUGGAUUCUGUAAUCAACAGGGUUUUUAAUAAUUUAAUGUUACAAUGUAGCAACUUAUUCUUUUGUUACAAUGUUUUUUUCAGUUGAUGGAAAUUACACCGAAUGGUCAGAAUUCCAGGCUUGCAGUGUGACUUGCGGCAAAGGAAUUCAGGCUCGCUCAAGAAGUUGCACCAAUCCACCUCCUCAGCAUGGGGGAAAGAAUUGCUCGGCUUAUGGGCGCCCUGUGGAAACAAAGGAGUGCAACUUAAGAGAAUGUCCAAGUAUGGAUAUUAGCAAGUUUUUGCUUUCUGUUAAUAUGUAGCAUCCACUCCCAAAAAAUAUAGUUGAUUUUUUUUAAACUUGGAAGUUUAUUAGCAGUUCCUUUAAGUUUCACUCACUGAAAGAUCUCUCAACCUUGGAGACAAAGAUACAGGGUAUGUUGUGGAUAAAAUGCAGAAAUAAUGUUCACUUAUUAUAAUUUUACAUGUAUAAAUCAUGGCUGAAUUAGACACGGACAGGAGGAAUCCUGUGUUUUACAAGUAGUUGGCUACCACAGUGGGGUAAGAUGGACCCAUAUCACCCACUUGGAAUUUCCUGCGUUGGUCCUGCAGUAAAAAGUUCUCUUUGUGGCCAUAAUAAUGAUCCCUUUUUGACCAAGCUUGUUUGGUCAAAAUGGCUAGAUAAUAUUAUUUGACCUCACACUAGAUUAAUAACAUAAUAUAACCAAGGAAUAUAUGAUCAUGAUUUUGCUACUUUGUUUUCUUCAGUUGAUGGUGGUUACUCUCCAUUUACCAACUGGUCUGACUGCACUGAAACUUGCGGAGGAGGAGAACAAAUAAGAACUCGGACAUGUACCAACCCUCCUCCUCAACACUUUGGUAAGGAUUGCUCCAAGGAUGGACCUGAUUAUGAAAAAAGGAAAUGUAACACUCAAGAGUGUCCAGGUAAGCUGGAGUUUAUAUAAGUUCAAUGGCGCAGAAUGAUCCCAACACAAACUUAGGGCAAAAGAGUUUUUUUUUUUUUACUAGAGUGUGUGGAGAUCAUGGUACCCUGGUACGUGAAAGUUAGUAAACUGUUUACAUCUACAAUUAACCAUGAUCCAUACACAUCCAUGGGAACUGUAGAACUAAAAUGAAAAAUCAAGGAUCACGCUUUAACCCUUUAAGCCCCAAGAUCCACAUACAAAUUCUCCAGACUGAUCUCCAUACAUUUCCAUGGGAAUUUGGUUUAGAACUAAAAAUGUAAUUCUAAAAUCUUGAUGAUCAGAAAAUGGAUGUUGGUCACUCUUGGGACCUAAAGGGUUAAUGCUACUCAACGUGGUUUUCAAUUCAAAAGACAUUAAAGUUUUUGUAAGGUGAAAAUAAUUACAUUAAAAAAGCAUGUAAUUAUAAAACACACUCUACAAAUGACAUCUGAUGAUUGCUAAUUGCCAACGUCAAGUCUGGUACAUUAACAUUGCAUAAUUAUGUUACAGGUCAGCAAAACCUUUUCCUUGUGGUGCAUUAUUCAGUAUGAUAAAAUUAAUGUUUUUUUUCUUUCUCUUUCAGUGGAUGGUGGUUUUACACCCUACUCCAACUUCUCUGCUUGUAGCAAGACCUGUGGAGGUGGAAUCCAGUCGCGCAUGCGAUCCUGCUCCAACCCUCAACCACGUUAUGGUGGGAAGAACUGUACUGGAGACUACAAAGAGGCACGCGAGUGCAAUACACAGCCUUGCCCAAGUAAGUUUGUUUUAUGAGGCACAUAAUGAAUUGGAUCUAAUGAUUCAAAAGUCUGGGAGGUCAAAAUAUCUUGCGUUCUCAUUGUGGGUAGGGGUGGGGUAUCUGGAAAAAUACACCAACGCCACAUGGACUGGACAACAACAUAACUGUGUCUGGAUUUGUACUCUUUAGUGACUGACUUGCACACAUGCCUGGGCCCAGUUGUUCGAACACCAGUUAGCGCUAACCCGGAGUUAAAUUUUAACCCAGGUUUCUCUAUGUAUUUAUCAAAAGCACUCUCUUGGAUAAUUUUUUCUAUUCUUUUUAGAGUAACCAGUCGUCAAAUUGUAGGCAAAGAGAAUUAACCUGAAUUUCUUUAUGAAUACAGGCUGUAGCUAAUGAAUAGCUGACAACUUGGCAUUAUUUGAUUAUUGGUUUUGAUUUCUGUGUCUUAAAGUUGAUGGAGGCUAUGAUGAAUGGGGAAACUAUUCUGAAUGUUCUGCAACUUGUGGUGUUGGAAAUCAGGUGCGGAUGCGUACUUGCACCAAUCCGGUACCACAGCAUGGAGGAAAGCCUUGUAUGGGCUCACAUUCUGAGUCCAGAGAAUGCAAUACACAGCCCUGCCCAGGUACUACUGUAAUACUAUACUGAUGUUUUACCUUACAGAUUUUUUUUAAGUGAAGUAGGGUUAUUGAAGUCUUUUUUUGAAUACUUACAGUAUUACUAACUAAGAAAUGAAUUAUAUAGGUUAAUUUGUUGAGACUUUUUUCUAGACGCUUCCCCCAUCAAAUUGAAGAGUAUUCGCAAUAACAGAUUUCUGGUGUUGCUCUUGUUUAUGGGACUUAUUUGAACUGUAUACUAAGUCUCAUAAAUCAAACCCAACAUUCUUUUAAUGGUUAAAGUGGAUCAUUCUGAUUAUAUCUGGGCUUCUGAUAUUUCACGCGGUUACGAAGCUGCGAAAUUCACAAAAACACCCAAAAUGCCACGAAAUUCAAUAAAAAAUCUUAUCAAAUACAUGUCUGUACAACAUUUUGAAACUUAUUUCAGCUAUUGGGGCUAUUUACUUGCUUUAAACUUGCAAAUUUAUCUUGAAACUUCGUCACUGAAACAGGAAAACAACGUCCUGAAACUACCAGAUGUGAUUAGGUUGCGAAAAACUGGGCACUUGCCUGAUGUUAAAGGCUUUGCCAUUGGUUCAUUUCCUGAGCGUAUUGUUGUUGAAAGAGCAAAUGAUAACCUCUGUUAAAAAAAUGUUGAAAACACUGGCCUGAUCAGCACAAAACCAAUUGAUUUCCAGCGAAAUUUGCCGUCAAAAUAAGCACAAAAUCGGCCAUUUACCGAUUGCUUUUUGGGGAAGUUUGCCCUGAAAUUUCAGGCGAAAUUCCUGUGAAAUCGCCCGAUUUUUUUGCGAAUUUGUCCCUAAAAAUCCCUCGAAAUUUGACUUUUUUCUCCGCAACCUAUCAGAAGCCCUGUUAUAUGAUAAUACAGGUAGACAAGGAGAAAUUAUAUCAACUCAAAAAAAUUCGCAUCUGUAACUCCCUGAUUGCCAGAUUGAUGUUAUUUGUAAUUUGGAAACAUUAGUUUACAUCUUAAGUGUUAAAUUUUGGGGCCCAAAAUUUAUACAGUCAUGUCUCUCCCACAAAAUGCCCCAGUACUGAGGAGCAGGGAGAUACAGUGUAUGACUGAAUUCACUGGAUGCUAAAAGAAUUUUAAAAGAUCAGAAUUUUAAUCCUAGUCAAUCCUGAAUUUUUCAGGUUUUUUGGAUGGUUUAGGUUAUUUAUUUAACAAAAAGGAACAGCGUAAAAAACCUUUUAGGUUGUGACUGGUCUUUCUUCAUUUUUAGGUAAUGGUGGGUAUACGCAAUGGACAGAGUUUUCUUCAUGUAGUGUAACAUGUGGUGGUGGAAUGCAACAAAGAACAAGAGAAUGUACCAAUCCUGCACCAUCAAAUGGCGGCAAAGAUUGUAACCUGCUUGGACCGGCAUUUGAGUCAAGAAACUGCAGUUCUAACCCUUGCCCAAGUAAGAGUCUGUUUAAUUUUUUACCUUGGUCAACGGUACAAAAGAAUGAGUUAAAAUGUUCCAUGGGUGUCUUUGUUACUUUAUAGUUUUACUAACCAAAACUGAAGUAUGCCUGGUCAAAAUUAGUAAAUUAAUGAAAUGUGGCAAGCAUCACAUGGAUUCCAGCUUACAUUCACAGUUGUUGGUUUGGAUCUAAAGAAGUUGAUUAACUGGUCAUAUCUACGUGUAACACUGCAGUAAAAACAGUGUGAAAGUGAUAAAAAAUCACGUAACGGUAACAACAAACUGUACUUCUUGAAGGCCACAGUGGUAAAAUGUGCAUGCAUUGGGUUGAAAAAUUUUAGGUGUUUUUACUUUAAUAGUUAACAUUAUCCUUGAUAAUGACUGGCUUGUACUUCAAUAUAGUCAAUGGUGGAUAUACAGAGUGGUCUAAGUGGUCAUCUUGUAGUGUUACUUGUGGAGGAGGAACAAUAAAGAGGCAAAGAAAUUGCACCAAUCCUUCACCCCAGUUUGGUGGCAAAGACUGCUCUGGGAGUGGACCAGAACUCCUCACCCAGCAAUGCAAUCCACAGAAAUGCCCAGGUAAGAUAAUAAUUAUGUCCCAUGCAAUUGUCUCUAGAGGCCGGUUGGGUGUCUCUUACAGUAUACCUUAAAAUUCCGCAAAUAAGCCCCUCCAAAUAUAAGCCCCCCAGGGACUUGUACUUGGAAAAUUGCCCUCAAAUACAAAGUAAAACAGAGCAAAAAUGGUAAAUUUACCUGUAACCAUAAGGCUAGCCCAAUCGAUUUUGAAACACAAAUUUCCUUCCAUAGAUAAGCCCCUCCGAAUGUAAGCCCCUUAAAAAGGGCCUUUGAAAAAUAUAAGCCCUGGGGCUUAUUUUCGGAAUUUUACGGUAAUUUGAAAAUCCCCUGCUUUUGGACUGUAAGUGAGGACAGUAGAAGUUUGCCGAUAUGCCAUUUCUGCACAUGAAGUAGGAUGAAAACAUGUUCCGCUAUUGGCUACAAAAGCUCAUAUUUGCUAGUUGUAGCUUGAUUAGGCUUUACAAUGAUAGUAAGAGCUAUAAACAUUUGAUCAAAAAGCAACAUUCAUUACUAUGAAUGUUUUGAUUGUUAGUGUAUUAUUGAUUAAAUUAAUUUUUUUAAAGUCUGCUCGGGAGUAGCAUCACUUAAGAGGUACUCUUCCAUUAAAGAAUAACAUGAUCAACAACAUGAUGCUUUACAAUAAUAGUUACAGUAACUGUGAUUUGUAUUCAAUCACUAUGUUCUUCUUGUAGUUAAUGGUGCUUACUCACCAUGGAGUGAUUGGACCCCAUGCACGGUGACUUGUGGUGGUGGUGAAUCAAUGAGGACUCGUCAGUGCACGAAUCCCAGCCCAGAGUUUGGUGGUAAAGACUGUUCUUCCCUUGGCAAGUCUACAGAGAUAAUGAAAUGCAAGAAUGAUCCAUGCCCUGGUAAUAGUCUAAAUUUUGUAGCCCCAAAUGUAGUUUUACAUGUACUUUUAUGACAAGUUUACUAGUUACUACUACCGUGUAACAUGAAAAUUUUGUGGGAGUUUUAUUUUGCGGAUUGGUGAUUUUUUGUGGUUUGCAGGAACAAAUUUUUGCGGUUCGAGAUGACUGAAAUUUCUGGUGGGAACUAAUUUUUGCGAUUCUCUGUUCAAGUAGCAGAAUAUUUAAGUGGAAGAAACCUUAAUAUGGUAUUUUCAACUUUUAUUUUACGGUAUGUUGAGUCAAAGUUCACUCUACUUACACAUUUAAUGGAGAAUAAUACAGUAAUCACUGUAAUAUCUUACUGCACAAAGGGACUGAACAACAGCAAAGCAAAACCAAAGCCUAUCCCUACCAUACACAACAAGUCUGUUAAAAGCAGAGUUUUUAAUUUGACUGAAGGGAGUUAAUUUUUGCGGUGUUUUAUUUUGUGGGUUUUUUUUUUCUGGGGGAACUAAUUUUUGUGGAUCGAGGUCAAUCCGCAAAAUUCGCGAAAAUUAGAACCCGCAAAAUUUUCCUGCUACAUGGUACUCAUAACACAUUAAGUAAUGGAUCUGAAGAAAAUCUGUAUCAAAACUGAAAAGUAUAUUUAUUUACUUUACUAUUUGUAUGUUGAUCUGUAUACCUUACUCUUGAGGUAGAGAUGAUUUCCUUGUCUGUUUCACAUAAUAAUAAUAAUAAUGAUCCACUGGGUGGCUCUUCCCUGUUAAAUUACAUCAAUUACAAUAAUUUUACAAAAUAAAUCAAAUUAAGUUAUUUACAAAUUAUACAGGUACAAUAUACAAUUAAAAGUAGAAGCAGGAUUAACAGAAUCCAAUUACAAUAAAACUAACCAAUCACUCUGUACUCUGUUACUUAAAAAAUUCAUAUAUUUAUUGUUUAGUCAAUGGUGGCUAUUCACUGUGGGGAGAGUGGACUAAAUGCAGUGUCACCUGUGGUAAAGGACAACAGAACAGGAUCAGGGACUGCAGCAACCCAGCACCAAGGUUUGGAGGUGCUGAUUGUUCUGCCUUAGGAGAACCUUUUGAGAGCAAAGAAUGCUACCUUAAAGUGUGCCCACCAGGAGGUAACGGUAAGUAUACUCAUUUGUCUAUGCAACUGUUAAUUUCAUAUCUUUGUGAACUGUAAGUGACCAUCAACACCUGGCUUUAGAUAAAGAAGUUCCAAGUACUGUAAGCCAUUUUAAUAGUAAAGUACAGUAACUUUACAUGGGGUCCAUUACAGCACAGCUAUUGAACAACAACACCAUAUCUUCCUUUCACACAAACCUUCUGGUGGAGAAGGAAUAAUGAUAUCAGUAGUUCACAUUUACAAAUGUACUGUCUGAAAAACCGAGGCUCGUUGAUUUGCAAGCCCUGCUAUUUUGUUAAUAUUUUCUCAACAAUUUUCUAAAAAAUUGAUUUAGAAACUGGCUGGUCUGAAUGUUCUAAGACAUGUGGUGGUGGUGAAAGAUUCAAGAUGGUCAAUAAUGCCAAGCAAGUGUCACCAUGUAACACAUUGCCAUGCCCAGGUUUGUGUUCUUUCAAUUUUGUACGUACAUGACGAUUUAUUUCACAAUUUAUGGAGGUAAUUGGGCUGGUGAUGUCCAGUUUGGUUUGUAGUCAUAUAAGUGAUUUAAUAUAAUUUGGUGAGUCCAAGUGGCACAAUAACAUUGUCUUACUGCAAAGUGUUUGCACCUGUAGAUUGUAAGGAGAUCAGUUACAUGUAAACCUUAAUUCAGAGGUCCCAGGUUGUUAUACACUCCAGAUAGUUUUGCAUAGUACCCUUACUAGUAACACAUUUUGUUGAUAAUGUUUCUUGCUCUCAUUCUUGCCAGUGAAUGGUGGCUUCACCCCCUGGAGCAACUGGACCGAGUGCACAUCAAGUUGUGGCGGUGGAAUCUCGUCAAGAUCACGUACUUGCACAAACCCCAUACCACUGUAUGGUGGGAAGUCAUGUGAAGGAAAACCUGUGGAAAUUAAGGAAUGUAACUCAGAGCCUUGUCCUAAACCUAAGAGUAAGUAUCGUGGUGUUAAAAGUUUCUGACAAGUUUAACACACUUUAGGAAAAUAUCCCACCUUAAAUUAUUUACAUCUGCUUGUUGCACUUUCAGAUAAUCAUUGUUUAACUAUUAUUUCAUCAAGGGGGUGAACAGUGCCCAUCUUGGAAGGUCACAAAAAUGUUUGUUUGAUUGAGGCAAUGGAUGUCUUAACUUUUGCCAAGACACAAACCAUCUUACAAUGCGCGAACAGCUACAGUGUACAGGGGAAAAUGUUUUGCGCGCAUUCUGCAAGCAGAACCUAGUGGUAUCCAGUUUUCUCAAUUAAUCAACUGGAACUUAGUUUAUACCAUAAUGGUACUUUCAAAACAUAGUAAUAUAAAUUCUUUCUUUUCCUUUUUACUUUUCUUUUUAGUUCCAAUUCGCUCAUGUCGUGAGUUUGCAGAACGCUGCAACAGCAAAACAGACGGCUUGUACACCAUCUUCUUGCAGAAGCCAAACUCAGCAGAAACAGUCAAGGUAUUCUGCGAUAUGACACAUGAUGGUGGUGGAUGGACACUGUUGGUCACCAGUGCCAGCAACAAGGGCUGGACAAAAGACAAUGUCAAAAGCAGGUAAGAAUGAUCUUAUCUUUUAUGGAUGACAGGUUUGUGGACGAGCUUAUUUAAGAUUCUGCGAGAAAAAAACUGCAAAAAGAGUGGUACUGAAUCUGCUGACAAGAAGGAGAGAAACAUAGAAAUUGAAAAGGUUUUUUGUAGAAUGAUGCUAAAAAGACGAAACGAAUUCAUGAAACAGUGUCAAGUUGUUUUUCUGUCGUGAUAUUGUUUGGUCUAAAUUAAUUCGGCCUUUUUAGUUGUAGACGACAAAGUGUGGUUAGGACAUUGGUGACCAACUCGCUUGUAGCUCUUUGGCCGCUUGUUCCGUUCGAUGUCAUUAAUUUUGUGAAAACUUUCCAACAGUACUCUUUCCUUGUGACUGGUUUUUUUUUCGGAAAGAAACGAUCUCACAUGUUGGAUUCUCUUUAAUUUUUUAUUUGAUUCAUAGAACCCGGCGAAAAGUGUAUAAGAAUUCACAGUAUAGGAAUCCUUAUCUGCUAAAUUGUUCACAAUCCAAAUAUACAGAAGCUUUUCAAUUUCACUUUUGUUCAUGUUCUGCCGUGAAGAAUGUGAUAUUUUUUUUCUUUAGAAACAUAGCUGAGCCUUCUCUCACCAAGGACUACUCAUUGUUGGACGAGGGUGAUACAAUCAAGUCCAUUGCUAUCAGUCCAUACUUCCUUUAUCGACUGGAGGCACGAGAAAGGGGUAGCAACGGUGCCAUCUAUCAGGCACCGGAAAGUUACAGGUUUGCUUGUUUGAUUGCUUGCUUUUACUGCUUGGUGUGCCUGUGCGUUUCUCGACGGAAACACCCUAACUGUCCUUUAAUAUCUCAAAAGUUUUAUUUUGAGACUAGUGGAUAAUACGUUGCCACACUAUUCUUGUAUUGAUAUUUUUCUUGUUUCCCCUUUUGUUAGCUUCACCUCCUCAAAUUGCGCGCUCAAUGAUGUAAGCAUUGUGCAGAAGUUUGGUUCGUGGUCCGAGGGCGACAAAGGUAUUGGUAAGCGUAUGCCAUAUCUGUCCACUGAUGGUAACUUACUGCUUUCAACUUGCGACUGUAAAAGUGGCACCACAUUUGGGACGGUGGUGUCUCAAGCCGCUGAAUAUCAUCCAGCUCACUGGACAAGUGGUGAUGCAGAGAACCCAGGCAUUAUCUGGUAUUGGAUUAAAGAGUCUACGACUAUGCUGCAAGGUAUGGUGUGCAUACAUGAAGAAUUCGAUUUGAUAAGACGUUGUUGUAGCCUGUACUUGGGCUUCGCCACGGUUUUGUUUAGUUCGUGCAGCCAAAAUCUAAGCAUGCGCCUGUAUAACAGGAGCAAAGUUCAGAAUUCAACACUUGACUACUAUUCUACAAGGCUAGGAAGAUUUUGAAUUGUUGUACCUGCGAUAAUUUAGUGGCACAUUGAGAGGAGAAUGCGAGACCGAUGGCAUCUUUGUGUUCAAAUGACAAAGACGCUCUGCAGGUUUAGACUUGGACAUCCCAGACUAAGCCUAAGUAAUAAAACGAUUGUAUAGAGCAAACAGAAAACAGACCUUGUUUGGUUUUGUUUUCAUUGAUGUAUCAGCAACUUUAAAGCAUAGAAAGUAACCCAAAGUUUAGUGUUUCGCUUGGUGGAUUAUUUAUUUUCUACACAACGAGUUUCAAAUCUUUUCAUAUAAUGAGCGGUAUUUUUGGAAUAUAAUGAAACAGGUUUCCAAAAUACAUGUAGCACGCAUUGUGCUUUUCCCCCAGUUCCUUUGGCAGUCUGUCAUAUCAAGUUUCCACUGCAUUUUCUUUCUGUUAAUAGCAUCCUUCAGUGGUGUUUGAUAUUGUUCAUUUAAUUUUUUCUUCACUUCCUUUUUCUCUUUAUAGCUUCAGCUGGUGGGAAACCCGACCCCAUGUGUCCCUCUCCAGGUAUGCAAUAAAAUAUAUAAAAAACGUAUAACAAAGAAGUCUUCCCCAUCCGGUUUCAUAAUCAUAGGAGUUUGUCAACUGUGCUGUGGACUAGACACUCUUCCGAAUAUUUUGAACAUCAAAUUUAUUAUUCGGAAUUGGUCAGGUCGUCUUUGGCAAUCCUGGUCUUUCCAAAAGAAAAAUAUCAAGGCUUCAAUUGGUAAACGUUGACCUGUAUACUUCCCAAAAUGCAUAGUGAACCAGACCGUAAUUUCUUCUUCAUUUUGCAGUUCCAGGAGGUUAUAAUGAAUGGAGUCAGUGGUCUCCGUGUCCAGUGACUUGCGGAGGUGGUAAUCAAGUAAGGACAAGAAACUGCACAAACCCUGAACCGCUCAAUGGUGGUACAGACUGUUCUGCAAUUGGGGGGAACCUGGAAAAUAAGGUUUGCAACCCACAAGCGUGCCCAGGAGUGAAAGGUAACAGUUUUAGAAUCAUGCAUACUAUUGAUCUAAAAUGAGUGAUUUGAUACUUUGAUACAAUUUGAUACGUAAUUUUGCCUCAAGCACUUUGGCUUGGAAACAAGUGAUCGCGUGGUGACUGUCUCACAUUCGUUGCCUGCAGGCUCCUAACGGUUUAACCUGUUCGAAUUAAAUUAUUAGAAUUGUUGUCACCUAUGAUGUCCCCCAGUAAUUUACUGCCAAGCACUGGCACUAAAUUCAUAGCCAAUAGCCCUCAUUAGAAGAAGUGUUCGUUUUUCAGGGAUACAAAAUAUCUAAAGCAGUAUAUGUCUUAACCUACUUUCUUUAAAACGGACUAACAAAAGAUGCCUGUCAUCAGCUUCUCACAUCCUGUACACAUUUUUUUUUUGUAAUCACUCACUUGACCAUUGCACAUGAGUUUUUUUUCUUUUGCGUGGUUUUCCUUGUCAGCCUUUUUCCAGGCUUGUGUUUGCUCAUCUAGACAAACGUUUUCUUUGAUAGUUGAUGGAAAAUACACCGAGUGGAGUCAGUGGUCAGAAUGCACAGCAACUUGUGGAGGAGGAACCCAAACACGCCAUCGCUCCUGCACUAAUCCCCCACCUCAGAAUGGCGGGAAAUCCUGUCUUGAUCAAGGACUUGGUCCAGCGAUUGAGACCCAAAGCUGUAAUGUCCAACCUUGUCCAAGUAAGUGACACCGUUGUUGAAAGUUAUAGAACGUUUUCACUCAAGUGAAUUAAUUGCAGCAAAAGAAAGCGUUUACUUUCGAAAAGAGUUCAACUCCCAAAGGAUUCGUUUUUAACAUCAACAUGGCCGCCGUUUCAUUGGUUUGGGACACCAAUAUGGCCGCCGUGACGUCAUGUGUGUGAAAAGGGUAUAUAAAUAUAUAACUCAAGAAUGCUUCAAGUGUCACAUUUAUGCCUUUAUGCCUUCCUGCCUUCCAAGUCCGUUGUAGAGACAUGUGACCUAGUUCUUUAACUCCUGAGUCUCUGGAUGGAAUCCUAUAUUGAUACCCUUCAAAUGAAACCUCUUCAGCAUACUUUCACAUGAACUAUUUUGUAGGACGUACAGUGUGGUUCUAAUUCGUCAGUCCGUGGAUGAAAUCCUGAUAUCUUCAAUGGUACUUUCACGUGGUGCUCGUAUUUUGCAUUUUUUGAAGGAACUAACAAUUUUCAAAGCUAAUUGUUGCUUUCACUGAUGGUAUUUUCAGGGAGUUCUAACUCUUGACAAAAUAGAGACUCUGCAAGAAGUAGCUUGAUAAAUACAGAUUACCAUAAAAUUACACACCCUAAGAGCGUAAUAUGAACUCCUCGCCGGAAAAUCCUGUCCGUAAAAAAACGCAUGGCGACGAGCAAUACUACACAGGAGAUCUCGCUUUCCGAAGACUAGAUUAGGAUUGUGUGGUGCUGUAGUUUCGUGUUCACUUAAGCUCAUGUUAUAUAUUACUUUUAUAGGCGUUUGUGUACCAGCUUGUCAAAAUGGUGGCACUUGUGUAAAUUCCAAGUGUCAGUGUAGUCAAGGGCUUUAUGAAGGAAACUACUGUCAAACAGGUAAGAAGGUUUAAGACAAUUUGCGAACUUUUACUAUUAUUUGUUUUGACUUCUGAUAGGUUUAUCUAAACGCCCUCGUUACAACAAGCUCAAUUGAAAACGUUUCACUUAGGUACACCUUGCUAUCCUAAACAAUACUCUUAGUUCGGGCGAUUCAAAAUCCACACAAGUCCUUACCUAUAGAAAAGAGAUCGAAUACAAGAUGAAUAAUUUUUUAGCAAUAGUUGCCAUACACAUGAUAAGCUUAAGCGACAAGUGACAAUGCCAAAUCUAGAAAGGACUACGACUACGAGGCACUUCAGAGAACCGAAAGUUUACAAUAUCUCCAGUCCGUUAAGUCUUAUGUUUGGUAGUGCGUUCUAUUGCAGGUCUAAGAUUAUACAGACCAUUGAUUACCCCAGUUUUGAGACAUAAGAAUGACAAUAGAUGUGCAUAACCCGCUGUUUUCUUAUCUCAUGCAGCCAUUUGUAAGAUCCCUUGUCAAAACGGUGGAACAUGCGUUAAACCCAACCAGUGUCAAUGCCCGCCCGGGUACAGGAAUAUUUCUUGUGGCCAACGUGAGUAUACACUUCCGCUAUUGGCACUGAGUACAGUGAUUUUGUUACAAAUUGCUAUAGUGAGUCCUGGAACUCAUUUCAUGAAAAGUCGUGAGUCCCAGUGCAAAAUCAUUGAGUUCCAGUCGAAAACCGAUGAUUUUAUUGGGAUAUUUUCGUGGGAUCCCUCCAUUUAUUCCAUCAGAAAUUACUUCUGGACCUGCUUUUAACCGCAGAUAACAUUGCUCUCUCUCGACAUAAAAUACGUUUUUAGUACAAAUUGAAAGUCACAUACAGGAUACUUCUUCAAAAUCAUCUUUAGGUCGCUCGAUUGUUCUUAGCACCCUAGCGGACGGUGGCGUUAAAUAUUUUUGCGCCCUUGGAGACUUUUGCGUCAGGGACUUGGGACAGGAAAUUAAAAAAUCACUGCUGAGUUUUGCUUUAUAUAUAAUAAAUUACUGACAUAUAAUCGGUCACUUGCUUUGUCCAUUUCUACAGCUGUUUGCCAGAAAUUCUGUCAAAAUGGUGGAAAAUGCAUUGGUCCAAACAAGUGCCAAUGCCAACCGGGAUAUUCCGGACAGUGGUGUGAAAUUUGUAAGUACCAACAGGUUAUAUACCAGCGGCAUAAUAUUUCUUAAGAGUGGAGCUCUUUAUAGCCCUAUUCACGCAAGCAAGUCAGUAUUUGUGUGGAAGUUUCACUUAAAGAGAAGCAUACUGUUUUAAUUUGCAUACCAUAAGAGCGCCAUUUUUAAACUCCUUUGAUUUGGCCAUUUUUUACUAUGGCGUCAUUUUGCUACGACGACCAUAGAAUCCUUUUUGUUUUCUCUUUCGUAUUUAAAUUUGGUAAUCCCAGCGAGGUUUAGAUAACAAAAGCCCUAGUUUGCAUAAGUAACCAAAACCCUGAAGGAUUCUGGUCGCAGUAGUAAAUGACGUCAUCAUGUCCUAUUAACGAUUCGUUGCCUAGGCCAGGUCAUGUGGCGCUUUAUGUCAAUACCUCCUCUUUAUCGUGCGGCGCGAUUUAAGGGCAUCAUCUAAGCGUUAUGAAAUACCGCUGAUUUAACUCCCUAGGAUCGAAAAAUAUACUUCUGAAAACUGACACUUGAUUGGUUUUGUUAUUUUCCAGCUACCUGCAAACCAGACUGUCUUAAUGGUGGCACCUGUGUUAAUAGUCAGUGUCGGUGCGCUGGCGGUUAUUCAGGACCUUACUGCGGCAUAGGUAAGGCAGGAAAACUUCAAUGGUCAAAAAACGUCCUUGGGACAAUAAUGCAAAGCCCCAGUCGCGUACGCAGCUCUUGGUUUGCUUGUCACGCAUUGCUUCUUCCCAGCGGGGAUGAAACCUUGCGUGACGACACAAAGAGUGCUUCGUAGAAGACGGCAAUUUCAGCGUUUAACGUAAUUUUUAAGAAAGAAAAUUCAGAAAAUAUUUCACUAAAUGUUUCCUUGAAAAACGCACGGCCAGUCAGUAGCGAUGACUUCUUGAUUGCGCAAAUAUCAAGUUAAAAUUAUUCUUUUACUUGUCACGCUGUCUCAUCGCUUCGUCCCACGUGACGCCACAAAGAGCGCUGCGAAGGAGCUGAGCAAUGCUCUCAAUUAUUUGAGAAUUUCAGCGUUCACUGUAACUUUACAAAAAAAAAAUCGGAACAUAUUGUACUGAAUGUUCGCUCUAAUAGUCAAUAACUUCUUGAUUGCGCAAAUCUCGGGUCAAGACUAAGAGGUACCUGAUUUCGUUUUGUCAUGUGUUGGUGUCUUAUGACAGUAUCCCAAUGCAACAUUGGAAAGCCAGAAGGACCCUGUCAAAUUGAUGUUCAACAGGAAGUAAACAAAGCCUCUGUUAAUGAGCAGAGCUCCCCAUGUAUAAGCUUCUUAAAGGAGGUCUUGGCUCACUGCAGCUACAGGAACUUGUCCCAUUUCUAUUCAAGAAAGAACUGCGAGCAAGUUUGUGGUAAGUUACUUGUAUAGUCCAAUCCAUAUCAUAAGGACCCAUUUUAUUCUUUAAACCUCAUUAUCCACAAAUAAAUUCUCCACACUGAUCUCCAUACAUUCCCUUAAAGAAAAGGUUGAGAGAAUUUGAUAGAUCAGAGCAUUUUCCCUUUGGUGAUCAUUUCAUCAAUAAUCUUAACAUUUUCUCUCGAUUAAAUAUCGAUAUUUUUAGGAUACUGUAAGAGAGACGACAUAGAUACUAAAAAUACAUUAGUUUGGCGGAUAUAACUAUUUUCGAUUAAAUAGCCAAGAAGGGUCUAGUCGCUAGGAAUUUAUUCUCCGUUUUGUUUUUCUUUUUCAGAGCCAAAUGUAUGCCAAAAUUUGUGGAAUUCUGAUCAGUGUAUUAAUGCAGAAGUGAGAUACUACUUUGACGCCAAUCUUAAACAAUGCAGACCCUUCAAGUUUGGAGGUUGCCUUGGCAAUGAAAACUUGUACGCUACAGGAAUAGAAUGUCAAACCAGAUGUACAGGUUGGUGCUGCUGAAAUUUACCGUGCUGUGGAAACCCCUUACGCUGCCGUUAUUUGCGUCGCCACGCAACGCUCCCCCUCCCCCCACCCCUUUAGCGCGCCAACCCAAUAAUACGAACCUUAAAACGACGGUAGCGACGAUGAAAACUUUACUACAAAAAUGUAUUUUGAAAACCACUAACUGAAGGAAAUAUUGGGAAACUGCCCACCUACCCCUCCCCUAAGCCAACAUUAACACUUACUUCUCACUUGGGGCAAAAUGUUGGCUUAGGGGAGGGGUAGGUGGGCAGUUUCCGGGGAAACGUGUAAUGAUCCAAAAUUUUCAUGUCACGACCCUUGAGCGAAUCCAACUCAAGACCUCCUAGCUGCAGAAAGACCCAUGACAUGCUUGGCUCGGAGCAUCUAAAGUCGAACUCGAGAUUUCCUGAGCGUUAAGGCAAUUAAUAAUGCUUUGAAUAACUUAUACAGUAUCAAUCAUUAAGUGUGAGAUUUUUUUGAUUCGUCAGGAUUAAGGCCGACAGCUGUCACUCCAACAGGUCCAGGGCCGAAAGGUGAGUGCAAUACGUGAUAGGUGACAAGGAAUUUUAGUUCAUUUUGCCGCCCCACAUCUACGGCGUCAGUCAACUAUCCCAUUGUGUUAGUAUCGCCAAUCAGUAAAAUUUGUAUCAUUCACUUAUCUUUACUGUACAUUCACCUGUGUUUGAAAAGAACGUUUUUAGCACCAGCUCAUCCCCAAAAAGUGCCGACUCCUUCUGCCAAACAAUCUAAUAAGGGGCUUAUUCGAACAAGGUCUCAUUUUGUUAACGCUCACCACAGUUAAUAAAUGAUUUCAACAUGAUCGUUUCCAAGGCCAUGCACUAAGAAAACUCCUAGUUAGGUUAAUGCUCUGACCUGUGAAAUCCAGUGUGCGAUUUCCAAGCAGACCAAGAACAAACGUAAGGCACCACGCGGCACCGGGUGCUGACAGGGUAUAGCCCAGCCCUUGUAUCUCACCGAAAGGUUGACACCAUCCAGUGACUGUUGGACAGACGUUUUUUUAGUUGAUUCCUGUCAAUGUAAGUUUUAUGUUUUCCCUGACUGUUUUGUGUUCUUUCUUCAGAGCCGCCCGUCCCUGCAAGUUACUACUGGUAUUUCUUGUCCAUCAUAAAGAAUCAGAUAGUAGGCAGUCCCCCAUUCGUUAUCAACGGGAAAGCAACCCUUUUGAACAUGGGCUUCCGAUUGUUCAACACAACUUGGCUUUCUACCACAAUUUCCACUCAAGACUGCCUCUUAAACCCAGACAUUUGUCAGACGGGCUUUGCUAUUGGGAUCAAGAUUCGCUUAGACUUGUCUGUGAAGUUUUGUAAAACGCCCAGGUAUAUUCUGGACACCGGUCCUGGAGCCAAGGCCCAAGGCGUCUCGCUCUAUGUCGAGGGAGGCAUACUGGUAGCUCAGGUGACGUCCUCAAGAGGAACUUGGCAGGUAAAAAGGUUCAAAUUAAAAAGAAAAAUGAGCUAGCAUUAAUGACCUAUGGAAAGACUAUUUCUACACCCUAUUACUUGAUUGGUUCAUUUAAGUGGUGGUUUGGUAUCAAUUCUUCUCAACGAGUUCAGUGUAUUACCAUAAUAAAGGCAGCCUGUGUCACGAGAGUGCUUUACUUAGCAUCGAGACACUAUGCACGCCCAGAUUAUGAGGCAUUUUAGAGAAAAAAAAUUGGAAAAAAGAAAACAGGAAAGAAAGGAAACUUGUCCCCCCCCAGUGCUGAACGCCUCCCUCUUCUCGUAGCUCAGCUCUCGUCCUCAUAAAAUAUUUUCGCCUGUUUUUAUUACUCAGUGAACUUGAUUCAGGUGUUUGAAAGUUUGAAAGUAAGAGGCAUGUAAUGUUACAAUGGUAAACCACCCAACUGGGUGUUCAGGUUUCUGUUGAAUCUUACUCAAUGACGGAGACCUUAAUUCAAUCAUAUUCAUAUUCAUAGAAACUUUAUUUGCGUAAAAAAUGAAUGUUAAAAAGAAGCAUGGAUGCAAAAUGGGUGCCAUCAGAGAGGAACUGAAUCCUCUUCCAAGGUUGACGCUGCCCUUGUUCUCUGAGAGGUUUAUUGAUCCAGUUUUCUUGCCCCAACCUGUCGCCUUUGUUUUCCCAUCGAUAUUUCAGUGUGACGGGUGUAUGUUUGCGUGGGGGUUUGGUGGUUUUUGGGGUUGUGCCAGGUAUGAACGCAUUGGUAAGUCCAGGGGCUGUCUACCAAAAGUGGAGGCCACUGUUUUCUACAAGUACCCAUCCUCCAUCGAGCAAUGCAGUCGUUAAUAACAGUUUUGAUCAGUAUUUUAUAACGAUUCUUUUCCCAGGUGAAAAUUCCAGCUGCCUUCGAUUUCUGGUGCUAUGUUCUUCUCACCUGGCAUCCAAAAAUCGGUCUACAGGUAUAUGGCAACAGUAACCUGAAAGGAAGCAUUGCAGCACCUCAGAGCAAUGGCGCGCCCACGUCUGUGUACAAUGCUAAGCCUAAUUUUGCUGUUGGACGUGGACUUGCUGAGGCACCGGAGAAAAUGUGUGGUUUAGUUUACGUGUCAUCUCUUGCCGUCUUUAAGCAGUUUCUCACACAGGAGUUGGUCAACAAGGUUUUUGGUUUCUUCUGGAAGAACAGUGAGUAGAAGUUGAUAAUGAAGUGACUUUGUUUUAAACUAAGGGGCCCUUUUCCUUGAAAAAAAAAUUAUCAAAGUUAAGAUGUGGAAUGGUCGGAAAAGUGUUAAUAGGUAGGCCGGGCUUUUAUAGCGAUAGUGAAUAGAGUUGUUUAUCAGACGAUUGCACAAUAAUCGCCUGCUGAGAGAUGCAAGAUAUGAUGAAGAUGAUGAUGGUGUUGAUUUCAAUGUCGGUCUUUAACUUCUGUGUAUAGAAAGCCUCUUGUAGGCAACUCGUGUAACUUCCUGUAACGCUUCCUUUGCAACUCUUGUAAUCUUGGCACCAAAUGCCGUGUCAACACCGCACAUAGCUUUCUGCACAAUGCUGACGUAAAAACUUACUUCCAGCCACGUCUGAUGUUAUAACUCGACUGAAGAGUCGAUUUCCAUGUUUUUAACUAGCUGGUUUUGUUGUUUUCAGUUGUGUCCAAGCAGCCGUUAGUGGACUAUUUCAUAAAGAUGAAGAUCACCAAUUUGUCGGGCAAAAAGGUUAUUCUUAUACCAGGCGAUAACGACCCUGCCAGCGGCAUGCCAAUCAAUGCCAAUGUUAUUGCAAUUAUCACAAAGGAUGUUCCAGUGGUGGAACCCAGUGUCCCAGCAUUGCAGUUUGCCGUUGUUGAUGCCGAGACCAGAAAGGAGUUCCUCUUGAUCAAUGGAUCGCAGCUUAUAACUUUAAGACCCGUCCGGAAUAAAAACGUGAUUCCCAUCAACUUGAUCAUUGCUAAACCAAGUAUGUCACUGACUUAUCUGGAUUAUUGUUGUUAUCAGACUUAUGCAGUUAAGGUAGACCGUUUAAAGGGGCUGUGUCACGGCAGUCCAGUUCAUUUUGUUUAAUUUUGCCAAUUACUCGCCCUCAAUUACUAUGUAAAUUAAAGUAACGAAAGAAAUUACAGGAAUAUGAGAAAAUCAGAGAUCCGAGACAAACAAAUAUGCCUCCUGAACAUUAUUUUUGAAGUUGCAAGCAGAGGGGAUCAACUUUGAAAAACUGUUAGGCUGAACAGUUUUCAAAAACCCUAAUUUCAAUCCGUUUCAAUCUUCUUCAGUUUUGCCCAUCCGUGGCAUCUGUUGUUACUGUUAUGUUAUUUUAACUGUCCUUUAAAGUUUUCAGCUGUUGUUUUUAUGUUUCUAUUAAUUUAACGGGCAUUUUGUAAUUUCCUAAUUUGCGGAAUUUCGUGACACAGCUCCUUUAACGCCCUUGUGAACUGAAAACUCAGCAAAACACGUAACCGUAAGUGAUCACGGGCAUUUUUGCCGUGCAUGAUUUUUGUCUUUAUCGAUAGCUACUUUUGCACUAAAGGAUUUAACCGGUAUAUGUCCAAUUAAUUCACUGAUUAAUUCAAGUUGACCAGUUUUAACAAACAAUAGGUUCAUGAUGACUGUCACAAGUUCAAGUUCUUCUACAUGCGGGCGUUCUCCUUGUGUCCACCGAUCCCCUAUACCACUAGUGUGCGCUUACUAAGUUCGUAUCAAUACGUUUUCACUUUUGGCUUUCCGUCGAACAUUAUCCACUUACGAGAGCUUUUACUGUACUAUAAAAUACGAAGAGGUUACUUCCAAAAGAAACUGUGCCUCUGUUGGUGUGAAAGUGAAACAAAAAGUCUUAUCAACGGAGUUGGUAUGGUCAAUUUGCCCCCGUACUAACCUUCUGUAGAGCGAAUCGAGGGAUUAUGGAUCGUAUGGUUUACAUACCGCUUCAUGGAGCCAGAAUAUAAAAUGUAUCUGUUACCCGCUAUUAACUUUCGUUCUUUUUUUUUUUUUUUUCGCAGUUUCCAACCAGUGGUAUUAUCUCGUGCUGCGAGUCGUCAACAUGGCCGACGAUGAUAUUUUACUGACAACCUCAGACGGAGAUCCUAAAGGUGGUUUUGUUAUCCUUAAAAAACUUAUCGUGGUUAUCACAAAGAAGACCCGAUCGCCAUUACCAGUCCGUUUCACAACUUGCCUCAAGAAUGACAGCAGCAAGACGUUUUUCAUCAACUCCAAACCAAUGGUAGAGCUGAAACCGAUCCUGACCAAAGAUACAAGUUCUCCGAUAACUCUCACAGUGACAAAAUAUGGUUAGUAAAUUCUUCAGGUGAAAGGUGUUCUUUGAAGUUAUAUUUCUUUUUUAUGUUGUUGUUAUAGACGUCUAAGUGAGCGCCGAAAGUGAUUUGGUUGCACAGAAGAAGAACUACUUGCAGUUCUGCAAGCCGCCAGUGAAAAUGGAAAGAAUGGUGUUGCAGUUUGUAAGCACCCUGACCAUCCACAAUCUGUUCUUUUCGUUGUUUUGCUCCUCCACCGCCCCCCCCCCCACAAGAAAAAAAAAAAAAAAAAAACGAGUAACUCAGAAUUAUAGGAAUGCUAUUGAACAAUGUGCAAGAUCAAGUCCUAAAAAGCACUCGAAAACGGAUAACAGAGAAGUAUGACGGGCUUCGCGACCAUCCUAUGGUGGGAUGUUGUAUGGGUUUUGUGUCUUCCCAUGAGGAAGCCGCUUGUCAUCCACUCACGUUGAUAUUCACAUUAAGUGUUAGUAUGUUUGUGUUUUCAGCCUCCGCGGUUAAAUUAUUCUACCUAAGCAUACGUUUCGCAAACUACGGAACUCAGAAUGUUCAGAUCACAACAAGCGACAAGAACCCCUCGGCAGGAUUUGUGAUCAAACCACGAACCAUCGUGCAAAUUACGAAGAACGUUACCAACAUGGAUCCCGUGACUUUCUGGGCCAAAGCUUCUGAUCACUCCUGUGUGCUGAACAAUCAACCCAGUUUAAUUGUCAUCCCAGUAGAAAAAAUGGGAAUUUGGAAAGUGGUCAACAUCACUGACAAAUGUAAGUUAGUCAGCAGCUUUUAAAACGGCCAUGGCAAAUUUCCUUAAAGUACAUGUAGCUAUUGUAAGAGCUUUACCGUCAUCUGAACGUUGAUGUUUCAGAAUUUCAUCGACAGGCUCAAAAAUAGGCGUGUAAAACACAUAACAGCAUCAUGUACAAGUUAUGCUCAUGAUGGCUGUCAUGUCGGUAUAAAGACUUAACAAAACUUAACUUAAGAAGCAAGGGUGACACAGGUAUUGGUGAUCAGUUCAAUAUCUCGUUGAGGCGAAAAUCGCUCAAAAACUCAGAACUUUUUUUCCGAUGGUGUCCCCUAGACAGCGGGUUUACCCCUGUUCAUCCGCUUUGCACAAACGUGCUAUCUAUUUAUCUAUCUGUCAUUAAAUUGCCUCCAGCAAUCUGAUGAUUCUUGCAAAUUGGCCAGCGGUCAAUAGAUAAAUAAAUAAAUAAAUAAAUAAAAGUAGCCAGAUAAUAUCAUAAAUUAAAGGCAGUUUCUAAAUGCCUUCAAAGAAGCGGCGUUAACAGUCUCAUUAUUGGCAUAAUGUUCCGCUCUCUUAUUGUUCUUGGAAAUUAGGAGUAUUUUUAAUAAUCAGUGAGAGCAAAUGGAACCUCGCCUCAUAAGCUUGGUUAUUAACAUGACGGCUAACUCGACCCAACGGCUUCAGAUAUUUGCCAGUGUCUAUCACUUUAGUCAUUGUGAAUUUAAUGUGCUGAGCGAACUCGUCAUUUUUUGGGGGUGUCUCAAUUCUCAUAGUAGGUCUUCACCUUUUUUAUUGAUUGCCACUUGAUAUUUUGCCCAGAUGUACCGCCAGUUAUCCCAGGAUCCCAACGGUUCUCUUUCCUGUUGCAAAUAACCAACAACGCCGGCGUGAGAGUCACGCUGGUGUCUAACGACGCCAAACCACUAAAUGGUGAAAACAUCGAACCAAGCAGCAUGAUGACCAUCAACAAAGUCACCAGACAAAUGAGAGCAAUUAAAUUUGCGGCUGUGGAGUCGGACACGGAGAGGCGAAUGCAAAUUAAUGGCAUGGACUCUGUGAGUGUUUCGCCGAGUGACAAACAGGUGGUGAUGCCCUUAGUAAUAUCAGGUGGGUUUUAGACUCUUUGGGCCCGGAGUUUAACCAUUGUGUUUAGCAAAACCGCGUUCUAAGUCAUUUUCAGUUUGCCGAACGCUUUUAUCUAAGCACCAUUUGUAGUGAACAGCUUCAUUAAUAAUGGUAAUUGAACUGAGUGGAGUGCAAUUUGGUCUGAAAUCAUACGCGUGAUUUCAAAAUCGAACAAGCGCGCAGCGCGAGUUCGAUUUGAAAUCACAAGUAUGAUUUCAGACCAAAAUUGCCCGAUACGAAGUUCAAUUACCACUUUAUUACUUCCAUUUUGAAAUCGCAGAAUUUAGUCAGUACUAAUAUUUUAUUGAUCGAGUAGCCGGUUUGUUAAAAAGCCGAAACAAAAAGGCUUUUACAUCUCACUUUGUAUUCGAAACAGAAAUGAUGCGAUAUAUAGAACAAAAAUAGUGCGAUUUAAAACAGAAAUGAUGCGAUUUAGAACAUGCCAAUGACGCGAUUUGGAACAGAUGCGAUUUAGAGCAAAAAAUGAUGCAAUUUAGGAAUAAAUCACACUGCUGAGAGCCAAUCAGAUUGCACGGAUAGCCAGUGAUUUCAAAGUGGAUGUAAUAAAAGCAUAUAGUAUAGACUAGAAAAACAUUUUUCUUCUUAAUUUAACCGACGAAAGAAGAGAUAUGGAGGUCCAAAGAUUUCUUAAACCGAGGUCUAAGUUAGACUUCGUUUAAAUAACCGACCCUUUGUCGGUGACCUUUUUAAGGUACUCGUGUCAAGCAUACAUCUCGAGAAUCAUGAUGUCAUAAUUAAGCCGGAUGAAGCAUACCCUUAUACAUUUUAAAAUUUGAAUCAUUUAGUUGAACAAAGUUUGAAAAUUGAAUCAUUUAUAUAUUCUGUAUUCCUGCAUGUGUAAUAAGCAGUCAAUUGACACACGCGAGCACAGUUCAAGCGAAAAACCUACAAAUCAGUAAUUUCAAAUAUUACAUUACUGACGGCCUAUGCAUGAGCAAAUAGUCUCGCUGCGCACAUUUUUGAAGUUAAAUUAAGUUUCUUUUUUUAUCUCCUUUAAACAGAUGGAGCUGGAGAGAGACCAGGUAAGUAUAUUUCACUCUCUGCGUCACCCUGUUAAUUAGGCUGAUUCGUCAACUGACAUUACCGUUUUAUUGCUAAAUCAGAGUCUGUUAAGGGAAGGGCAUAAAAUACGAUCAAAGAGAGUAUGUUCAGCAUAAUCGAGACUCCUAAAACUACGACUCCAUGAGCGGCAUAUACCCAAAAGUAUUUUUUGGGGAGCAACCACGGAUCCUCUCCCAAUUUCCUCUACAAUGAACGUUCACGAACUUCAUUGAUUAAUUAACAUUUGGAAACUUGUGUCAAAGAAAGCGUAAACACUUGAGAGAAACAUAGUUAACUCGUUUGCCGAGGGACCAGCCGCUAAGUGAUUUCUCAUUAUAUAGGAGAACGCGAAAACGUAGUGAGAUCCAAUAUGAACGCGUAGUAGCGUUCAACAUUUGCAAUAAUAAUGGCAUUUAUUUAUACACAAUUGAAAAGUACAGCAGAGCUGAUGUGGUCGUAAACUCUUGCUCGCUCAGAUACAAGACAGGAAAAGGUUUUCAACCGCCGCCUGUUAGCUCUCUUGGAAGAGCGCUGGUCUGCUGACUGGGAGGUCGCGGGUUCAACCCACGGCCGGACCAACACUCAGGGUCGUAAAUAACUGAGACGAAAGUGCUGCCUUUGUAAUUACUUUCUAGUUUUCUCGGAUAAGGAAGAAAAACCGUAGGACCCGUGUCACAGAGCUUUCACUUACCUGAUUCUUGUGGGACGUAAAAGAACCCACAACACUGUUCGAAAAGAGUAGGUCACGUAGACCCCGGUAGUGUAGUCAAUCUUUCCUGGGUAGGAUGGGCUAUCUGUUAGGAGAGAUCUUAAUCGUUGACAGCGCGCGAACUUGGAGGCAAAUUCCAGUUUGGCAACACUAUACCCUUUUUUUUCUUUUCUCUUUUCAGCAAUGCCACCACUUUCCCCAAGCGAAUACUGGUCGUUCUUUGUCGUAUCAAACGGUUUCAUUCUCGGUAAGACCAGUCUUAAAGUGACUGGCAACUGUGAAACAGUAGAAGGAGGUCUCCUACUGGAUGGCUCCACUGGUUAUCUCAGCUCUCAUCUGAGCAGCCAGAAUGCGCUGGCAAACCCUGGACGCUUCUUGGAUGGAUUCACAUUUGCCAUGAAGUUGAAAUUUCCUUCUGCCGUUCUGCAGUAUAGCGACAUCAGGUAUAUUUUGGAUACAGGAGAAAAGAGCGUUAAUUCGCCUGGAGUAUCAUUGUAUCUGUUAAAUAAGAAGAUGGUCAUGGAGUUGGCAACCUACAAUACUCGCUGGAAGGUAUUUUCUUCUUAACUCAGUUAUUUAUUUUUAUUCUCGCUGCCUGCUUGUGCAACAGUCGAUUGGCGUAUUAAAAUUUUGAAAAAAAUAUAACUUUUGAUGAUAACAAUAGACCCGUUUAUCUUGUCUGUUUUGUUUCUUUUAUGUGGGUCAUAUGUUACACCAGAGAACUGCUUCUUUCAAUUGUAACCUUAUCUGGGUGCAUUUGUACGGAUAAUUACAAAAAGACAAGGGCAGUUUUCCUUGAGAACAUUGUUUGUUUGUUUAGUUUAUUAGUUUGUUGCCUGCUUGUUUUUCUUUCUGGUUUGGCCAAAGGAGCACCAUUCUAAUGAGAACCAUUCUCUUUUCUACUAAAGAACCAUGUCAGCCCGUUGCCGAAUGUUGCCGAAAGUCAGGCGUUUUUGAGAUUCAUGCGGGUUAUCAUACUUCCCUUUGUUUCAAUUGGUUCAUUUGAUCCAAAUGCCAAAUAAUUAUAAUCGGUCUCUAAACUUUUUUUUUUGUUAAUGAUAUGGUCUUCCUCAGGCGGAGACAGACGCCAUCACAGAUCAGUGGUUCUACCUAGUUGCCACGUGGCGUAUGAAGAAUGGCCUCACCAUGUACAUUAAUGGCAAGCAACUGGCACAAGACAAGGGAGGAGUGGGUGUACAGAACAUGAAGGACUGGACACAACACGAGAACUUCUUCAUUGGACGCAAUGUGGGAGGGGCCGGACAGGUUUUUGCAAACUUCUACAUCGCGUCUUUUGUGAUGUUCAACAGUUACUUGGAAGCACCAGCUGUGUAUUCCGUGGCCAAGUAUUAUAGCAGAGAUGGUGAGUUGUUUCAACCUAUCGCUUCCGCCUUAGUUUACAUGUGGCUGGUAUGAUUCAUAGUUAGAUUGUGGGGGUGUUUCAAGUUCUCUCUCUGUGGAUGACACUAUAAUUCCCAUGGGGAUAUUUCAAACAUCGAAGACAAGAUAACAAAAAAAUGAGGGAGAAAAACUAAUUACUGAUACCAUCGGGAACAGAGCGUUUUCGCUCACGUCGCCAGCAUCUAGGCAAAUUCGUUGGAACAAAAGAAACCGUUUUACAUAAGAAAGGAGUUCAACUCCCACACCAAUAUGCCCGUCGUUGCGUCAUAUGAAGACGCUCUUUAGUCAACAGAAAGUGCAUAUUUUCAAACACCCUCCUCCACCUUAACCCUAAUGAAGAAGGGGCAGGAACGGGGCCCACAUGGCCCAACGUCUACCAUAAACCUCCGAAAAUGAGAAGGUCUUUCAUUGGAAAAAGCUUGCCUGAUUCAAUACCUUUUUGGUUCUUUUUCUGAUUGAAUUGAUUUGGUUUUUCCUUUUUGUAGUUUCAAUCCAACCGGCCAAGUUGUAUACCAUCAACCUUCUUGUAAACAACACGGAAGCAGAGGACAUCGUUCUGGCACCAAGCGACAGUCAACCAGCUAACGGCUUCGUCCUCAAGGGUCAAACGUGCAAAAGACUCGUGAAAAGACUUAGAAUACCUUCCCCUGUAAAUUUCCGUGUUUGGGGCAUCACAACUAACAAACCUUUCUUAUUAAAUGGACAGAGGGAGAUCUCUGUCACUCCCAGCGAUUAUGAGCAGGAUUUGACCGAGGUGUCCAUAAAGAUGGUGAAGCCUGGGGGUGAGUAUGUUGUCUUGGACUCAUGUCUGUUGUGGCACAGUUCGCUGGUCAUGCAGAGUGCUAAUGAAACAUGUCAUAAAGACAACUCCCGUUUGACGCAAUACCCUUCUAAUCACCCUUACAGUGCAAUGAGCUCAACAGGCAUCACCCGACAUAUUGGCCAUCAUUCUUUGGCCGAUCGUUCGCCACAAAAAAGUCUGGGUCAGUAGUUUGUUUGGCAGUAAAGUCAAUGACCACGGAUUUCGUACGUUUUACAUUGCAAAAUAUAUUGCUUAUGUCAGAAAUGUCGGAAGUUAGGGAGCAAAGUUACUCUGAUUAACUGCCAAAGAAUUUUGUUAAUGCUAAAGAAUACCCUUUGUGUUACCUUCUCUACCAUAUUUGGCGUAAGUAAACUGAUUUAAUUGUUGACGUAACGUUGCUGAAUAUUUGUUAAAUAAAAGUACCGUAAAAUAUAUUUGCUUUUCAAAGGCCCUUUUUGAGGGGCUUAUUUUUGGAGGGAAAUUUGCGUUUCAAAAUCGAUUGGGCUAGCCUGAUAGUUGGAAGGAAAUUUACCGUUUUUGCUUUGUUUUACUUUGUAUUAGAGGGCAAUUUCCAAGUACACGCCCCUGGGGGGGCUUAUAUUUGGAGUGGCGAUUUAACGGAGGGUUUUUUGCGUUACGAGUUUGGGGGGCUUAUACAUGGAGGGGCUUAUUUUCGGAAUUUUACGGUAUCGUUUGAUAGCGCCGGACCUAAAUCAUCAUUUAGCUUCGGCACAUGAUUGGCGCGGCAUUUCAACUGGGCCUAAGCCAAUGUUGCAAUGUGAUUCUUCUGUAGAUGACGUGUCUCCAGCCUCGAGAUUCUACUUGUCUUUCUUAGUGGAGAAUAAUGCUGGGGUGGAACUAAGGUUCACCACGAGCGAUAAUGACCCGCCUGAUGGCUUCAGAAUGGCACCCGAGAUGACGAGCAUAAUCACAAAGGAAAUUAGCGAUCCUAGCGACUUGUCUAUCCACGCAGUUAUCCCAGGGGAGGAGAAGACUUUAGAUGUUAACGGACAGCCGAGUAUUGUGGUUGCACCAAGAAAAGCGGCCGGAGAUCCCAUUCCGUUAAAAAUUACAGGCAAAGGAGGUAAGAGCCUCGAUUGUUUUGUUAGGAUAAGUACACUGAUUUGUCUUGUCCAUCAUUUUCGUAAUCAUUUUCUGUGCAGUGACUUCACCAAGAACAUAACUACCCCUGAGUGCAGUUGAAUAGAUUUAAUUUGUGUUAACAACAGGGGCGAUGUUUGCUAAGUUGGUAGAGCGCUGGUCCUUCGAGCCGGAGUUUCUUAGCUAGAUCCCAAGGUUCAAACUCGUACUCGUAGUCUCCAAACAACUUUGGAAGAAGUUACUGCCUUUGCCCUGCAGUCGGCUAGUCCUUCGGGUGGCUCGGAUGACCACUUAAAAUGGCGGUCCCAUGUUCAGUCUCUUCAACUAAAACUUCAAGAAAACACUAACACUUUAACAAUCCUGUUAGAAUCCUGACAAAGACUGAUCCAAAGUUCCGAGAGGGCGGUUAUUGUCUUUCUCCAAAUCAAUGAUACAUUGUGACCCUCUCCUCUCUGAGUAAUAUUGUAAUAGAUUUAAUGCUGUACCAUUUUUCCUGUACAUAAAUUUUCUGUUUAAGUUUUGCCAGCCUUAUAUUACAUUGGUUUGAAGAAAUAUAAUAAACGAAAAAAUAAUAAUAAUUGCUCAGGUGAAUAAACUAUAACUAUUUUGUGCUUUAAGGAGAUGCUCCAGAUGGCGGAAUUAUAGUAAACAGCCCACCAGGUAAGCCAAAAUGGGUCAGCUCUAUAUGUGCUGCUAAGUUGACUUUUUAUGAAGUAAGAACGGCUGUGAAAUGUCGUAUUGUUCAAUUUUAUGAAUUAAUAGUCAUUUUCUUCACAAUUUUUUUUAAAAUAAUAACACUCCUACAAUAAAACGAGAAAUGUAACCAGCCAUGAAAAAUCGCCCUCUAACCCCGAUAAUACCUCCAAAUUUGUAUGGCUCGCUCGUAAACGGAGUUUUACUGUUAGUAGUAAAGUCCUUAGUUAAAUAUAGCUGAUUCACUAAAGGUUGCUUUGGUAAUUGUGCUCUGGGAAUCUCCUUUUUUGUCGUGACUCGAGCAAAUCAUCGCACUCUUCUGUAUGCCCAAAUGCCCAAUGCCCAGUUACCAACGACUAAUUACCAAAGCAACCUUUUUUGAAUUAGGUAUAUGUCUAGGAAAAAUUCUUAAUGAAGUUAAAUCAUUUCUUCAUUUCUUCAUUUUCAUUUCAUUUCCGCAGUUCAAAUAUGAUUUAUUUCAUAUAUCAUUAACACUCAUUUCUUUCACGGGAACAUAUGAACCCACAAUUGACCUGCUCCCAACGUCAGUGGCUUCAUAGCUCAGUUGGUAGAGCAUCGCACUGGUAUCGCGAGGUCACGGGUUCAAACCCCGUUGAAGUCCUGAAUUUUUUUUAGGCUUCUUUACGCAAUUGGAUAAAUUGCGUUCACUGCGACGAUCAUUUCUUCAUUUUCAUGAAAUUUACUGAACUUAGUUAACAACUAGGAGCGCAGGCGCGUGUUGUCGAUCAGCGGUCUGUCGUUUGGCUCAAGCGCGGUCAGCCUUGCUUACAUCAUCUCCAUGUGCUUAGAACAACGUUUCCGUGGCGGCCACUCUUUUCGUUUAGCCUUUGGAUCGUUCUUUUACCCCCAUCUCUUCCCUUCCCUCCCCUCCCCCUUUAUUCUUCUACUGAAUAGAUAAAUCAGUGUGACAGGUGCCUGGUUCCACUGGCAAGGGGCUCAUGGCUGGAGGGCGCGGUUUACCAGUCAUGGGGUGUAAGUCUGUCUACGGACUGGCUUUGUCAAAAUUGGAAGCCCCUGGACAUUCCGCGCACCCACCUCCACAAGCGCAGCAGUUGUUAAUUCACUGGUGCCCGCUCGACUCUUCUUCUUCGCACAAUAACACACAAAACACCCUGCAGGGCGUUACUAAUGUUAUCCAUGCAUUUGUCCUCGCAGUACCCAGUAUUUACUUUUGGCGGAUGAAAACCGUCACCCCACAAGGCUUCAUCGAAGGAACCCCGGCCUUCAGCGUACACGGCAACAUUCAGGCGAGUGAUGGUGGAGUGUCGCUUGACGGUCAGUCAGGCUUCCUUACAACUGACAUGUCCAUGACAGACUGCCUUAGUGAUCCGGCUCUCUGUUCCAAGGGGUUGUCACUAGGAAUGACUGUAAAGUUUGACCAAUCAGUGAAGGAGUACAAGGAGCCUAGGUAUUUGCUUGACACCGGCGCUCAGAGCUCGCAGACUCGUGGAGUGUCAUUGUAUGUCAAGGAUGGCAAGGUUUUCUUCAAUUUGGCUAUUUCGCAGAAGACCUGGCAGGUAAGAAGCGAAUAACUUUAAAUGGCAGUCUAGCGCAUCCGUAUCUCUCCGAUUAGACUCCCCUGGUUAAGUCAGAAAAGCACCAGUUUACAGAGUAAGAGGUCUUUGGUUAAAAAGAUCGAUUGGACGACGAACUAGAGUCUCACCCUUCACUUCAAGUAUUGGCCCAAAGGAUAUUAAUUUUUUUGUCGUGAGAUUACUUAAUAGGCAAAAAUACCAUGCAACAGUACUAGCAAAGUGAUUUGAUUUAAAUUGUCAAACCACUGGAUUUCGGCCACACACACACACAAAAAGAAAUUACACACUUGCAAAUUACAGUUGCAAAAGUUUUAUUAAAGUGACCCCAGAACGCGGUGUACUUAGUUUCCUGUGUCACGUUUGGCAAAAUAAAAUGACGAUAUAAUAAGCUCCUUGAUUGCUCAUAUAUAGAACAGGCCUCCCACAUUUUUCCACCGGUCUCUAUUUUAUUUCAAUAAGCCUUGCAGCUCUUGUGUUCAAUCCUAAAUAUUAGUCACCCCAAAACCUUAAGUUGAAAGUUUGUAGUUGGCCGAUGUUAUUAUCAAGUCAGUUAAAGUCAAAUAUGUUUUCCCUGUUUAAAGAACAUUCGUCAUAACUGCUUAUAAGUAUACAGAUGUCGCGUUUUCCCCUCACCUUUUCUCGAAAUCAUUUCUACACAGACCUCUGCCCCGAUAAUAUUUGACAAAUGGUUUUACCUUAUUGGAACCUGGAGUGAAUCAGAAGGUUUGUCCUUGUACGAGAACGACGUCCUCAAAGCAUCAGAUGCUCUGGGUAAAACAGAAGCAUCCCGACCAGUAAACGCUGCCCAGACAAACCUCUGUAUCGGUGGACGGGUACCUAAUGUAUUCGGCUCUGACUUUGCAAAAUUUUCUAUCAAAUCCCUGGCUGUUUUUGACGAGUGCAUUCCAUCUGCAGAGGCGGGCCGCGUGGCUUUGUUCUAUCGCGAUUAUGAUGGAUCGGGUGAGUUUACCUUGGCUAGACGUUGAUACAAUUGUCUUUAAAUAUCUCCUUACGUUCCUACUAUAGAAGUAACCGUCAAGUUAAUUUACGAGCAAAAGGAAGGUUGCCCGUGAAAGGCUUCCAGAGCACGAGAGGUCUGAGAUUCCAGUGGUUGGCAUUCGCAGUUGUCUGAACGGCAGUGACGCAAAGUUUCUUUUGCUGGAUUUUGACUGAACGCCUGUAAGACAAAAUCCGUACCAGCAGGAACUAUAAUUACCUCUAGGCUUUGCGUGAAGAAGAAUAGAAGUCCCUUCUCUUCUGUGCGUGCGACAAAUGGCAUUACUAUUUAAAUUUGAAAUUAAAUAUGCUAGAGUUAAAUCCUUUGCACAUCUCCUCCCCCCUUUCUCUCUUACUUGUCUUUCUCCUCUGCCAAACAACCUAAGGGACCUUUUCAAAGGCUAAAGCAAUUACUGAAAGCUAACAGUUCUAUUAAUUUGACAGAAACAACGUCAAGCAAAAGACUAUAAAAAAAAGAGUAUUGAACUAUGCAUAAAUGAAUGUUCUUUUUCUCUUGGUUUAGGAGCCUCAGCGAAAUUUUACAUGGUCCUAGAGGUGACAAACCUUUCGAAGAAGAAAUUAACUUUGUUAUCUUCAGACCACUAUCCAACGCAAGGGUUCUCGAUCAAAUCAGGCGCUGUAGUCAAGAUCAAGAAAGCUGUGUCCAGACCCUCCGCGGUUAUCUUUAAUGCACAAGACGAUGGUAGUAAAGAGCCUCUGUAUUUGAAUGGCCUUCACAAGAUUUCAGUCACUCCUUCUUUAUCUCCGCUUCAAGUAGUCAAACUAAUCGUAACGGGAGAAGGUUGGUAUGGUCAUUUUUUGCUGUCUUUUCAUUGCUUUUCUUUUCCCCAUUCCAUUUUAUUCCACUUCUAACCAUUCCAUUCCAAUCCGUUCUAUUUCUUUCCACUCCCUUCGUUUAAUUGUGUCCAAUCCUAUUCCUUCAUGUUUAUUUGUUUCCAUUCGUUUCUCUCAUUUUCGUUUUAUUGGCAAGUCCAUAACAACCAACAUGCAAAUCAAAACAGGUUUUAGUCAAUGAAGGAAUCAAUAACCCAAAUUACACUCAAUCUCGACAGAACAGUGGCGAUUCAUGUCACCAGGCGGGCAGCCCUUCACAUCAGGGUUCGUACAGAGUCUUGAACUCUUGAAAAAGUCUUGAAAUUUGCCCAGCAAUUUUCGAGACCUGGAAAAAGUCUUGAAGAAUGGUAGAAAGUCUUGAAUUUUGGAUCCAAAAAUCUGUACGAACUCUGUUACAUGGUCUUUUAUUUCGUCACAUCUUCUCUCCUGCUGUUGUGUAACGUUUGCUUCUGUUUGAUAACCCAAUAAAGCUGUUAAGCACUAAAAAACGUGCAGUUUAAUAUACUUGAGUUAAAUUUGAUUCACCAAACCUAUCGAUACUAAAUAGCGUGCAUUUGCCAAUUUCAGGGCAAUCAUCGACAGAACCCGUCAUAUCAGCCGGUAAGUUUGAUUUCUUUCCUGUUUGGUUUAUGUUUAUGUUUUACUUUCUUUUUUCUUAAAGGUUUUCUCAAGGCCCGUCUUUUAAAUGCAAUUAACAUUGCUCCUUUAUACUUUCUUUCUUCAGAUGGAACAACAGAGGAGUCAAGUAUUUCAGGUAAAUUGUAUAUGCUGUUUCCCUUUUAGGCCUGUAAAAUUAAGAGGUUAACGCCAACAAUAUGAACAUUUAAAACAGAGAAAAAAAAACAGCCCUUUUUUCCGUGAAACUUAUGGCCGAAAUGGGCAGGUGAACUUGAUUCCGUGAAGCGAAUGAAAUGAGUGGGAGUGUAAGUUACUCGUCGGAUUCGUCCCUAAACCCCACGUCUCCUUUGGUAGUUUUUCCCUUGUCUUUACUUUGUCUAUGUUAGGUGUGAUCAAAAACUGUGUUGAAAUUUGUCGGAAAUGAGAGAACAGGUGCCCGAAAAUUGAAAGCUUAUUUUUUUUGCUGGUAUUGUACUCUCGGAGGGAGGUUGACUCGGGCAGUUUGGGCGAAUCUUCAUUCUUAUCAACUUGACGUUCCUUCGAAACCCUGGGAUUGAUCUCUACAGUUGCACGGCAAUAUAGGUUUCUGUGGAGAGUCUGUUUACAUCAUGCUAUUUGUAUUUUUUCCUAUUAGCUCCGCCAGUCAAUCCAUCCUUUAACUGGAUCCUCUGCGCAAUGAAUGACAACCAAGUCCCCGGGGAUCCGCCGCUGCUGUCCCAUGGCAGCCUUCAGCCAAUCCCAGGAGGUCUAAGUUUCGAUGGUACCGAAACAUCACUUAUCGGAAAGCUUCCUAGCUCAGCUUGCAUAGUGGACCCAGAUAAGUGUCUAAGCGGGUUCGCCCUGAGUGCAAAGCUACGAUUUGACGAGCUUUCGUUAACUUCUAACGCACCUCAGUAUGUGAUGGACACAGGUGCCAGCAACAAUGGCAAGGGGGUCGGUGUCUAUGUACAGCUGAAUUCACUGUACUUCAAGGUCGCUACCUCCAAUGCAGUCUACCAGGCAAGUUUUGUUCAAGUGUGAAUGUUUUUGUGUCAAUCAUUUCAUAAGAACUGACAAACUGGUCAUUUCACUCUCAGUCGCUAUCCACCAUGGAGGCACUAUGGGAGAGUGCUGCAGGGUCUCCGCUGGUUCAAAGCCUUCUCUGGCCUUUAGCCGGGGUUGUGCUCGUUUAACUCCGGCUAUUUACCGAGCUACCUACUUCCUUCAUACAUGCUGCCUAUCUACCUACCUACCUACCUACCUGCCAUACCCAUCUACUUACUUUUCCAAAUUCUUACCUACCCCAUCUACUUGUCUUUUCCCCUACGUACCGGCCUUCGUUCUCACCUUCUUAGUCAAAUUAACAUCUUAAAUUUCACCUUUGCAGACCUCCAUUCCCAUCUCCGCCAACAGAUGGUUUUAUGUCAUGGCAGAUUUUAGCGGGAAGACUGGGCUCAUGGUCUAUUGUGAUGGUGAGCUGGUCGACGGCGAUAGAAAAGGAACAAAUGGAAACCAUGAAGCGUUUCAGCAAGACGAGAACUUCUUUGUUGGUAGCAGCGUGGAUAAAGGCUCUCAUGGAAGGUUCCAAAUGGCCUCUGUUUCCACUUUUAAAGGGGCUCUGUCUCCAUGGACGAUCUCUCGUAUUUACAGUUACUUCUGGAGACAAGGUGAGCUGUCUUAACUUCCGCACACUAUAUUUUGUUAAUUCUUACACUUAUAGAAGUACGAAACAACCAAACAACCAAACAGGGCUUGACUCUGUUACCCACUCAUGUAAAAUUGUGUACCACUGGACAGUACUACUCAGUAGUUUGCAAUUGAGUGCUUACAACUUGUUACUUAGGAUUUGAAAUCCACACUUAAACGUUAAGCCGGCUUGUGCAGUUGAAACAGUACUACAGAAGGCAAAUCCUAGUGAGCUUUUAUCCGAAUAGCGAAACAGUGAGACUACUAUCACAGGCUCAAUAAAUCUAACUACCUUACACGAGUACUACUUCUAAUGAACAGAUAACUAGUCCUACAUGAAAGUAGUCAUGUACUCAUGCUUAAUAGCCUGACGCUGACGUUGCAGUUGACUUACAGUCUCUCCCUCCUUAGACGCCAGGCCCCAGUUGCUCUAAAUCUCUAUCCAACGGUAAUUUCUUUUCCUAAUACUUAUCCACUGGAUAGUGAUUUAUCCGGUGGUUGGUGCUAUCCAGCAUUUGAGCAACUGGGGCCAGGAGCUUCGUGUGCAACAUAAAAACCGGUACUACAUCAGAGUGCUUCGCAAUAUUUUUUACAUGUAUUGAAACUGAAUUUUGCUUUCUAGGAUCGGAGGGAAAAGACAAGAAAUACUUUGUAAUACUGAAAGUAACCAACAACAUUGGACAGGACGCCGUGCUUUUUUCUAGUGACAAUCAAGCACCGAACGGUAUGACAGUCAAGACAGGAUCAUCCCUGAUGAUUUUAAAGACGAUGGUUUCAAGUUCACCCGUCAGUUUCACUGCUCUAGAUGCCACUACUAAAGCUAGAAUCUACCUCAACAACAUGGGAAAAUUCAAAGUUCAACCAUCGCAUUCCCAUCACGAUGUCACUGAUGUUACCCUCAUGCCUUCAGGUAAGUACUUGAGGUGCAGAUGAAUACGAAUGUUUAAAGUCGGUGGUCACGCUCGCCACCUGAAUUUGUAUCAUAUUUAAUGAUGUCACCUCCAUCAGGAAUAGGUGAUUAUGCAAUAGCAGACGUCACGCACACUAUCUUAAGAUACACACAUCUUUCAUACUCCAAGAUGUCACGAAAUUUAGUCUUACGCCUUCAGCUGAGUACCGUAAAUCCUCUAUUAAGCCCCCUCUCUCAAAUAAGCCCCCCCUUUUUUUCAGGGAAGAAAGUUAAAAAGACCCCCCUCUCCCCUCCCCCUUAUUAUUCUUCACUAAUAAAUGAUAGACUGUAUGUAUAAAUCAAUCACGACUGUAAAACUUCAUUUUGACUGAUCCAGGAUGGUUUAUUCACGUGUUGGAAGGUCGGAUUUGUUGUUGAUCCUCGGCUGCCUGAACUCCAACUUCCCGUAUUGAGCUUUUGCACUUUGCAUUCUAGUUCUUUAUGGAGAGCUGAUACCACCAUCUUCGCUAAAUUAAAUAAGCCCUCCCUCUCUAGUAUGCCCCUCUCAAAUGUGUUUGAAAUAAAUUAGCUCUCCCCGGGUGGUGAGGGGGGUGGUUAAUAGAGGAUUUACGGUACCUUACCAGAGAUCGCCCAGGUUUUAAAAUCUUAAUGCAGUUAUGGACUGACUCGACAUGCAUGGGCGCUUAUUCCAUGUGAUCUUCACAUUUAGUAUACUUUUGCGCUAAAUUUUAAUUGUUGUAUUUCUGGUUUUGAUUAUUUAUAGGCGUAAACAACGAUGAUUCAUCGGGAAUACCAGCUGUCGCCAUCAUUCCAGGUCUGACAUUUAACUUUGAUUUACCUCGUUCAAUUAUGGAGUUCAAAUUGUUUUGAAAAUUUGAAAGGCUCUGUCCCUGACCCAAUGCUCAUUCGGGCAUUUGCUAAGGUAGUACGUGAUUUCCUAAUGUUAAGCAAGGCUAGUUAUUUCCUGUUGACUCUGCUAAUUGUUUUAUCCACUUGCGGAUAGUCCAGUUAUUUUUCAUGAACUCUUCAUGUUUCUUAGAAGACUAGAUUUGGUAUUUUGUCCAGUGACUACUGAUGAAGUCAGCACGGCUCUUAGAAACUUUCUGUUUGCUUUACCCCUACAGCUAGUCCAGUGAGUCCAUUCCACUCCUGGUCCUUCAUCUUCAAAACGCAUGACAAGUUAAUUGGCACUCCCCCCUUGAACCUGUUCGGCACUAGUCUCAUUCAAGACAAAGGCAUGAUAUUCGACGGUGUUGGUACAUUUGCCACCGCUGAUUUACCAAGGAGCGAUUGUUUGAGAGACCCAGGCUUGUGUGUGAACGGCUUUUCCAUUGGUUGUAGAAUCAAGUUCGAUCAAGCGGAUAUGGCGUAUGCCAUGCCCAAAUACAUCUUUGACAGCGGCGCGCGCAGCUUGUCGACGCGUGGGGUGUCUGUGUACAUUGUGAAAGGCAGUCUGUUCUUUGAACUGGCCACCGCUACCAGAGCUUGGAAGGUAUGUUAAAGAUUUUAAUUUCAGAAUACAACUCUCUCUAUAAGACGGACACCUCGCUAAAACUCAGAAUUGGCCCCUAGCCUUUCUUUACUCCUGUUUUAACUCGUGGAUUACGCGUAGCGUAAGAAACUGUUCCAAUUCACCAGGAAUUAGUAGACGAAGAACCAAUUCGUGGAUGUGCGACCUCCAAAUCAUUAGGUAUUAUUUACUGGAAAAGAACACCUGACAGCUAUAAUGUUGACAGAAUCUUCGGCUCUAACACAGUAUUCACAGUUUUCAAGUUCAAGGUUCAACUCUUCUCGUCGCGAGGGCGAACCUUCUUUUUGAGCGUACAACUUUGAGCUCGGUGAAUGCUUCGACAGCGUGCACCGAUGGACAGAUAGUCAACGGGUACUUGACCGAGCAGAUUGCGCGCUUUACUUUAUUUUGUUUUAAAAAGUCGCACAACGAGACCCACGACAAUAACAGUAUUUUCUUCUUGACGGUUAGGUCGAGACCAAGAUAUCACCAGGUGACUGGGUUUACGCCGGCAUGACUUGGAGAAACAAUUUUGGCCUUAAGCUCUACAUGGAUGGCAAAGAAGUAGCGUCUGAUGAUAAAGGAAAAGAAAUCAAUCUUGAGCUCAGCACGAACAAGCCGAACCUGUGCUUUGGACGUGACGUACAAGGCGCUGGCCACUUUGCUAAAUUUUCCAUAGGUUCUUUCUCCACGUUCAACACAUUUUUGACUCCGUCUAUGAUGUCCAAUGUCUACACUUUCUUCUUCAGAAGCGGUAAGUACCACAUAAUUGUUACCUGGGUUCGAAUCCUAGGGAUGAUGCUCGAUAUACCCAGUCAAUAUAUGCACUAUUGUGUCGUUAUAUUGUGUGAAGUUUACUGUGUUAUUGUGUAAAGGCCAGGGAUCAUUGUUGUGUUCUAUGUGACGUAUCUUGAGACUUGCUAUUCACUCGGUACAUGGUGCACCAGCUAAUCCUAGAGGCGUCGCCUUAUGUGGUUUGAGUUUGUUGUCGGUUCUCUCGUCCUUGCUCCAAGAGGUUCUUCUCCAGGUACUCCAGUUUCCCCUCUCUUUAAAGGAGCUGUGUCAAGAAGUUUAUCCAAAUUCAAACUGCGAGAGCUGUCACCAAAUUGAGUGAAACAUUAAAAUAACCGAUCAAAACAUUGAAAGAAGGUAUAAAUAACACAGCAAAUUAAUGCAAAAGAAGGCACUGAUGUACAAAACCUGAAGAAAAUUAAAACGGAUUGCUGUUGUAGUUUUUUAAAAACUUGUUAGCCUAACAGUUUUUCAAAGUUCAUUUUUUGUUGUUUGUAACGUUUGAUAUAAUGCUUUGGCAGAGAUAUUUGUUUGAUACGAAGCUGUGUUUUUUGUCAUUUACGAGUAAAUUUCACGGCAAUGUUAACCCAAUGAACUAGAAAGCCGUGACACUUGCAGUUAAGACAAACAGUCCCAAAUUCGAAUUCGAAACGGAAUGGUAGACGGAGAACCAAAUUGUGAAUGUACUGGCCCUGAGUAUUUAUGAAUUAUUUUAUCAUCGUCAUUAUCGUUAUCACAAUUCAGGUUGUUGUUGAACUAGCUACUGUUGUGUUUGUUUAAGGUAUGCCUUCCUGGGUGCCCAGUGUAAUCAAACUCAGAGUAAAGAACACUUAUGACAAGGAUGUACAGCUCAUGUCCAGCGAUGAUAAACCCGCCAACGGCAUGCAGGUAAAUAUUGUUUUCCACAUGAAUGCUAAGAUCGGUGAAAAAGGCUCAACAAUCAGAACAAUACAGUGCAAUACGAUACAAUAACUUUUAUUUCAACACGAUGGUGAUUAAAGCGUUGCCGCUUAUGGGGUCGUGUAUUUAAGUUAACUAAACUUAAGCAAUAAAAGUGUAUUAAAAUCGUUUUAGUAAUAAAAUUAUCGUUAUCUUUGUGAGGCAUUUUUGGUGGAGAUUCAGCCCGUAAGUCUACUCCAGACAUCAACGUAAUAUUUGUUUUGUUGCUUAACAGAUCCCUAAAAAAUACACCUCUGAAAUCCGAAAAGACGUUUUUGCGGGACAGCCAUUGACCUUCACCGCUAAGGCGGGCGGUCUUCUUCUGCUGAUGAACAAUCAAAAGGACCUCACAAUUUCACCUGAGUUGACAAGCAAGGGCUCGUUUGUCGUUGUCAUUUCCAAGGAGAAAAUCCAAGGCGGAGGAGGUAAAAUAGUUAAAGGCAAUUUUGUAAGCAGUCACCAUCUUUUUAAGGAUCACUGACCAAAGUCUUGGGUAAUGGUUCGCAGUGAUCGGAAGUUAAUUUCCGUGAUUGUUUAGCUGAAGGAGAGAUAGAAAGCUCUUCGAUGUUAUUUUGUCUUGUAUCGGAUAAUGGAACGAUUUACCUCUGGAAAUUAGAAUGGCCAAAUCUGUGGACACCAUGAAAAAAUUUUUAAAGACGCAUCUUUUUAACACCACUAUGUAAUUUUAUUUACUUUUUAGCAAACCGUUUAAAGACAUACCUUUUAGUAAAGAUUUUUAUUCUUAGUUAAGUUUUUUUUAGUAUUAUACUCAACCAAUGACGUAAUUCUUAUUGAUCAUUUAGUUAUUUUUAUUCCAUCCAUUUUGUAAUGCGCAGUUGUUUAUCACGUCAUGGAAACUGCGCAAUAUAAAUUCUUAAUUAUUAUUAUUAUUAUUAUUAUUAUUAUUAUUAAAAUUAAUAGACAUAGCUGAUGAUAAAAAAUUAUUGGACAAGGGUGAGCGAAUAACUGAGAUUCGUCCGUAAAACACUAUUGAUUCCAUAUUUAUUUUAGGUUAAACGUUUCUAGGAUUACUGGCCCCAAAGACAAGAAUUAAUUAAACUGCGCAUGAUCAGAACUUUGUCGGCAGCGUAACAACUUCUUUUCUAUUGUGCAUUGUUUAUGGGCAGUUAUCAAUAUCUACAGUUACCUAGACUAGCCAAAACUCAGCUAAAGAUAAUGUAAUAAUUUCUUGUAGGUGGAUCCGCGGUUGGAACCUACUACGUAUCACUGAAGAUUUUGAACAAGUCCGGUAAAAACAUCGUCAUUGUACCAAGUGAUAACAAUCCCCCGCAGGGAUUCCAAGUUAAGAAGGGCUUCAUGAUGAGCUUUACCAAACCGACCAAGGGCAAUUCUCCAAUCACCUUUAAAGCCAUGGAUCCUUCUACGCAGGAAAUUAUGAAGAUCAACGGGAAGGAUACGGUUGAGUGUGUUCCCACUGAAGUCAAAGGAGUACCUGUAACUGUGGAGAUUUUUGCUCCAGGGAAGCCAUCGGGUUCGUGAUCACUUUUUUAAUGCUGUCCUUCAUAAAAUUUUUACUUGCAAUCUAUGCUCGUCGUCAGGGAGUUUAAGCAACAACAACGGCGACGCCUACGAAAACGUUACUUAAAAAGUGACGUCGCGCUGCUUCAAACUUUAUCGCGUUUAUUCCACCUCGCUCAAUUCGUAAAAUCUUGACAAUUUUUUUUCUGGAGUUGAAUUCUAAAAGACUGUAUCAAAGUUCAGAAAAAGACAAAGAAAGUCGUUGCCUUUUGUUCACGUCCUCCACAAAAGGUGAAAUUACGCAUUUUCACGUCGUGGUCGUCCAGUGACGGCAAAGAAAUGUACAAAAAAAACGUGAUGCACGUGCAAAGUUGUUGUUUUGCUCGUCUAAACCCAUUGCUUUUAUGCCGUUCUCGUUGACGUCGCCGUCGUCGUUGCUUAAGCUCCCCGUUGACGAGUUUGCUGCCUUGAGCACAUUCUAAAGUAGUACUUUUGCCAAACCUAAGCUUAGCUCGUGAACCGUUGGGCUAAAAUAGUACUCUUUUGUCUAAACACCAUGGUCUUCUUUAGACCAGUCUUGGUGCUAACGCCCUUGUCAAAACUGACCUCUUCUAUACCGAGUUGUUAAUUUUGAAAAUGAAUCUACGUAAAAAACAGGCUUGUAGCGCAAAAUGCGUAUUUCUUCUUAGCCUUGACUCCACGAACUCGUAGCAUUCAAUUCUAAAUGCUCCCACUCGUAAUCCUAAUAUUCAUUAUUGGUUUUUCUUGUCAACACCAGACUUACAGCUGUAAUGCGUAUGCAGCCUGACUUGGAGUUUUCUCAAGGCGGCCAUGUAGUAUAAAAUGUUGUCGUGUCUAUUUUGAAACGAGGAACUCAGUGUUUAGCAAUGUCACACUAAUUCCUGGGAUUCCACGUGUACGGUGUUUGUUCAUUAUUGUUUUUGUUUUGCAGGAGGACAACAGUAUUACGUCGCUGUUAAGUUCAAGAACUUGGCCGGCCGCAACGCAGUAAUCAAGAGUAGCGACCAUAACCCUGCCAAGGGAUGGACGGUAAAAAAUAGAUACAUAAUGUCCAUCACCAAGGGAACCAUGUCUGCGCAACCCAUCACGCUCGUUGCACUUGAUGAAAACGGCAAACCGUUGACUCUUAAUGGCAAGAUGGAAUAUCCUUGUACUCCACAGACGUCCAAAGACAAGCCAGUAGAGCUCGUGAUUGGUACACAAGGUAAGUAGUUAACACUGUGGUCGUGAGAAGAAGGGGAAGGAGCAAAGGCGUGGUACCACGAGAAAAUGGGUCCCUGCUUGUUUUCUAAAGAGUAUAGUAUAAUAUUCGUCCCUGCGAAGAUACCACCUUAAGGAAUGCGGGAUAAUCCUAAACCGAGCCUAGUAGAUUGUAGAGGCUGCAAACCCAGCCAUUCACCUCGAUACUGCGGCCUAGGGUUAAAUACAUAAGAGUCAAACCUAUCACAAGUAGACAUCCUGCGCGAGGAAUAAUCCUCGUAAGUGGCCACUUUCAACGGAGUUUUAUCUAAGCAGUAGAGUUGUUUACUUCGAGACUUUACCUCAAGUCACUUAUUUGUCAUGUUAUCAUUUCAGUUUCAGAGAAGAAAAAAUCUAGCGUUCCUUCUCCUAGGCAACGUAUCAGAGGAAAGCCGUCUCUUUUCUAUGUAACCUUGAAAGUUAAGAACCGAGCGGGUAAAAAGUCUGUCAUCGCUCCAAGCUACAAGGGACUAGAUCAGGGCUUCCAUAUUAACACUGGCUCCAUAAUGAAGAUCACACGGGAGUUCCAGAGUUCGGAGCCCCUCAUCUUGAAGGCUUUUGAUCCAGACUCGCACUCUGCGAUGAUGAUUAACAACCGUAAGAGUAUUAUCGUUAAGCCGGGAAAAUUCAAGGAAAAGGUCGUCGACGUUGUGAUAUCCCCACUAAGUAAGUUUUCGAUUGUUCCUUUAAUUUGCGGUAUAGUUAAAUAAGUAAAAAAGAUUAAAUCUUUUAGCGGAUUAUAAAAAAUAAGGUUGAAGCGGCGUAGUGUAAAGCGUACUGCUCCACCAAGCCUCGUCGCUCGAGGUGCUAACAAUUUUACGAAUUUCCGCGGUAGCCAAUUUCGGGAACUUUGACUGUACAUGUGAUGACGACGACGAUGAUUUUGAUGGUGAUGACCAAUGUGAAUGUGGUGAUGAUGAUAGCGACGGCGACGAUGAUGAAAAAGAAUGAUGGUGACGACGAUGAUAAAUGGGUAUUAACGACGAUUAUGAUGAUUUUUUGUGAUGGAGAUGUUGUUAUCGUUGUUGUUAUUGUUGUUGAUGAUGAUGGUGAUGAUGAUAAUGAUGAUGAGGAGGAGGAUGAUGAUGAUGAAGAUGGCGUGGCGAUGGUUAUGGUAUUGACGUCGGCGAAGAAGAUGACGGUGAUGAUGACGAUGAUGUUGAUGAUAACGAUGAUGCGGAAGAUGUCAAUAAGAAUGGUUAUUUGAACCAAUUUUUUAGGUGGACGGCAAAGAGAGCCUGCUUAUUUACUAAUAGCGUUUUUUCUUCACUGUUUACUUUAGAUGGGCCUUUAGGACCGGAGGAACGCUAUAUAACCCUGCUUCUACAUAACAAGGUAGGCCGUCCCGUCAGGGUUGAACCAUCCAGAGGCCGCAAGGGUGGCUACGUCGUCCCGGAAAACGCGUUCCUGAAAGUCUCUAUGAUAUUCCCUAAAACAAGUGGGAUGCCUCCUCCUGUUACUUUCGACGCCAAGGACCUGAAAACCUUGAAUGACCUUGAGAUUAAUGGUGACGUCAGGAAGGUGUCAAUCAAACCUGGGGAGUUCCCGGAUGAAGAAAUCAACAUGACUAUUACUGCGCCUGGUGAGUAGGACAAGUGAUGCAACUGAUUUGGACGUUUGCAUUUUUAAACGGACGAAUUUUUUAUCGGUGCGACCCAUUUACACCGAACAGUCCAAAUUCUGGUACAGUACUAUUUACACAAAUCAUACAAAUUUUUCCCGGUGUCAGCAUUGGAAUGGCUUUUUUUCAAAUCAAAGGCGCUUAACUGGGCUCUAGGCUUUCACCGGGUAAUCUGUGCCAGCAGUAACAUGUUUAAUUUAGAUUUUGAAAAAACUAUUCCCUCGAUAAUCGUCACAUCAUCUUCAGUGAUGCAAUAAAAUAAUUACGUUAAACCAAUCAGUUAAGUCACGAAUAUAUCUUGACAAAGUUGUGCACCAUGCUUCUCUCUCAGCUCCUGUGAUUAAGCCAGUUCACUCUUGGUCAAUGUUGUCUGUAAAAGACAGCCGUAUACCAGGCGAUCAUCCCCCACCAGUCGACAAACUUUCCGACAGCAGUAUUAUAUUCCACGCCCGCCAUCCACAUUCCCAAGAAAUCCCAGGGAAUCCGGACUUGACGUCUCACGGGGAAAUGACUUUAAUAGACGGAGGUUUGGCUUUCGAUGCACAAGACACCCAUGCCGUGGCUCAAAUCGCCCCUGAUGACUGCGUUAUUAACACCGAGAAGUGCUCAGAUGGGCUCUCUUUCGGCACAAAGCUUAAGUUUGAGAAGCUAGAGGAGGAAACGACACCGCGAUACAUUGUGGACACAGGUGCACACGACAAAGGCAUGCGCGGAUUUUCAUUGUACACGAAGCAAGAUAAACUGGUUACCGUGCUGAGAACUGCUGAUAGGGAGUGGAAGGUAUGGAGAAUGGAUAUGAAAGAACGUUUUUUUUUUUUUAAUUGGUUGUUUUAUAAUAAUGUUAUUAUGAACGGGGGGGGUGGGGGUGGGGCUAAAAUUUCUGAGAAUGAGCACAAUUCCGCGAGACAAACUCAUUCGAUUUAGAUUCCUAUGAAUAGUUGGCGCGUCUUAACUCUACAGUUUGUCAGAUUUUGAAGACACGCUCUCAAGAGUUUUGCCAACCAUUCGUCUCGAACCUACCCUAUGCUAUGUUGAAUUAGAGUGGUUCCACACAAGUGUAACCUCUGGUCCUUACCCAACUGCUUCCAACUUCCCCCCAUAACGGUCACCUCUUUACAGCGGGCCGUCAGUUAUCUUUGGCCUUUUGAAGGGGAGGGGGGAGGGGGCUAUUGUUGAAACGGUUCAACUGUAUUUCAUGAUGACGCAUACAGUAAAACCCCCCGACUAAGAACCUGGAUUUUUCCAAGUUAGCCUAAACAGGUUCUUAUAUGAAUGGCAGUUAGCACAAGUUUAGGUUAUUAAGAUUCUUAAUUAGGUUCUUAUUUUCUGAAAUAUAUAUUAUUGAAGAGUCAAUACUGGUAAUUCUUGCUCAUAGAGUUUUUAUACAGUAUUUCAUUUGUAAUUGUAUUAAUAACAAUUUUAUUUGAUUUUAAACAUUGGCAUUUACGUUACAGUUGGGCAGCUAUGUUUCCAAAGAGGAUUCUGAAUUUUGAGUCUGUAUCUUAUUUGCCCAAGUAUACAGAAUUUUUUCAUAGAUUUUAGAAAAUAGGAACCUCUUUCAAAUUUUAGGCUAAACGGGUUUGUAUAUAGAGGGGGCUUAACCGGCAAAUUUUAGCCCAACAGGUUCUUCUUUGCGGGAUUUUACUGUAUUGGCAGAGUAAAUGACAUUGUUUGGCCCUCAUUUUUCCACCUUCAGGUUGAAAGUCCCGUUAUUUUGAACAAAUGGUUGUACGUGAUGGCAACGUGGAAUAAACACGAGGGUAUGAAAAUGUACUAUGACGCACAGCUACGAGCGCAUGAUAUCACAGGGACACCAGUGCUAACCACCACAGUCAAUCCCAACAAGAAUAACUUUGUGAUUGGUCGAGAGGUGGGAAAUAACGGACCAUUCCACCCUGGAAAGUUUGAUAUGGCAUCUUUUACGACCUUUGCUGGUCGGUUGUCACAAGACGAUGUUAAUGCUGCUUAUAUCUUCUUUUGGAGUGGCCGUAAGUUUUUAUCUGUUGUUUUACAUGACGUGAAAAGUGAGUGGUGAACGCUUCACUGGGUACUUAGCAUGUACAGGAGAAAACCGGAGAUUCCGGUUGGAAAAUCAAAUGGUUCGCGCUAUUCCGUUAGGACCGUUAGGCAAGGUUCAGAAAAUAAUUUAUCGGCUGUGAUUUGUGGCGAUGCAUUUUUUUUUAAUCUUUUUAGGCUUUUCAGCACAUUUAGAUGUAACUUUUGUUCCCAGCCAUUCUCCCACCAUGUCAAAUUUUAUAGUUUUAUGUUUGUGAAUAAGAUUCUCACCCGAUUGGUUUGUGUGAAUGGUAAGCCCUCUUUGUAACUGUCUUAAACGGUCGGUGAAAAAGAGGACAACUUCGCCCUAUAUAUUCCUGACAAUUUCUCUCUUGGCUCUCUUUAUCCUCCGCAGUGUCUGCCAAAAUCUACUACGCUUCUCUAUGUGUCACAAACGAAGUUGGACGGACAGUCCUUCUCAGACCAGACAAGGGGAACCCCAAAGGGUUUGAAAUCUCGCCCGACUCAACCCUGGAGGUGACGUUGAUGUCUAUGUCUACCGACGGCGCUCCUAUUAAGCCCGUGAACUUCAUUGCUGAGGACAAGGAAACCAAAACACAUCUGAGGAUUAAUGAUUUUGACAAAGCGUACCCGGUCACGCCCAGAGAUGGGCGCAAGCCUUGUAAAAUGCUGAUUGUCACGGUUUCUCGUAAGUUGCAAUAAUGAUGCAAAUACCAAUAUCUUGUUAUCCUUUCUCUACGGGCUUUCCGGAAUAAUACUGAAUGAAAGAUUUGCUUUUGUGAGCUCGCAAGAAGAUGAAAUUUGGCUUCUAACCGCUGCCCGGAUAACUCAAUUGAAUAAUCUUUCGGAUCUUGUUCAAUGGGAUCAACACUUUCCACUCUAACUAGUACUAACCAAAGGUUACUAGGGAGUGCUGGCCUGCGUGCAAACUCUCCAUUUGGGAAAGUUGCUAGAAGUCACGCGAGAGGAGCACGUGAAUGGAGUCGCGAGUGCUCCAGCUCGCUCGUUCUCCCAAGGAUCGCUUCGCUCGCCAUAUCAAAUGGAGAGCUUGCUCGCAGGCUAAGGGAGUGCAGGCCAGAUCGAUCGAAGGUCAAAACGCUGUUGCUCCAACGCUGUGCAUUGUGUAAGUUUCACGUCGUUGAAGGUGAAAACGCGCGUAAUCAGGUUACGACUGAUAAAAGGUUUAAACGCUCGUCAUCAGAAUUCAUUCUAUGUAUUUCGCUCACUCUUAGCAGAAGUCUAAACGAAUGCUGGCUACAUAGCAACCACGCGAGCGUAACAAUAACCUGGAGAUUAGGAUUGUACGCAAUCAUAAUAACCACUAUUAACUUGUAAUGGGGCUUCUCACAAGGCAACUAAAACCAUUAAUUUUAUAUUCAUUCAAUAGCUCCGAAGUUACGUUACAAGAAAAUGUGGUCACUUCGCAAGGUGGAGAACGGUCAUUUGGUUGGUGACGAUCCUAACCCAGAAGCCCACGGGGCCGUAGUACCUUUGGAAGGAGGGUUGCUGCUGAACGGCAAUGACUCUUGGUUGGAUUUGGGAAACUUUGAAGGUUUGGACAUUAAAUACUUUCUUAUAGACGUAAAAUACUUAUACGUAUACUUUAAGGGGUUGCCACGGUUUGUGAAUGUCGGGGAAAUAUGAAAUUUCUCAAGGUGAGGAACGAGUCUAGGAAAAUUGUAUUUCUUGCCAAAUUUAAUGAAAAGUCAACCAUGGAACUGUAUAUUUAGGCUCUCCGCGACGUCGUAAAUGUUAUGAAAAUACGAAGAAAUUUUUAUCCUGAAAACCAUUCCGUAAGUUGAGUUUGAUUCUCCAAAUUGCUGAAGAACAGAAGGAUAGAAAUGUCACUGGAAAUACCGAGAUUUACCUGACAUUUUUACAGCUAAUCCGAGCAAUUCCGACAAAAAACGCUGGUCUGUCCAAUCUCAUUAGUGAAGUUACACAAGAAGACAGCAAAGGUAAGAGAAACGCAAACCUUGUGUGACAAGCGUGACAAUGAUUAUUUUGGAAAAAGCUUCACCUUCCUUUAAACUGAUGUUUUUGUAAAGAAAUAGAGCCCAGUAAUAUUAAGCGAAAAUCACGACAACACACGCGAGUAAUAACCUUGUCUCGUCUGUCACACAAACGUUUGCCGUCCUCUUCAUUCUACCUUCCUGUUGCGUAAGCUCACUAUUACCUGGUAAUGGCAUUGCAGAGAACUUUGCCGGAUUGUAUUUACCCGUACACCUGCAAACCUGUUUAACCAGUCUUUUGUUGGAUUUCAGGUGAAUGCCUGAGUAACCCUGAGAAGUGUACCGCUGGACUGACAUUUGGGCUCAGAUUUAAGCUGGAUGACGCUGCUAAGAAUUACAAGGAUGAGCCUCAUUACAUCGUGGACAGUGGUGGUUCAAGUAGAGAGUCUCGUGGCUUCACACUUUUCAUAAAAGACAGUAAACUUUAUGCGGUCGUCUCGGUUCCUGAUGAAGUUUGGCGGGUGAGUAAAGUCUUUUGAAUAUAAUCACUGAAAUGAUUUCCCGAGGGACCAAUGAUAACGUGUUUUUCUCUAUAAAGCUUUGCAAAGCUAUGAUGUGGAUAGAUACACGUGCAAUGGCGGCCGUCGGUCAACGGUUCGCAGAUAACAGUGCAUUCUUAUCCUCUGACGUCAUACACUUUGUGGGGGUGACCGCUUAGAGAGUGAACGCGGGGAAAUGUUUCAUACGUAACCUCGAAGUAACCAAUGUGAUUUCCCACUGUUGAAGAAAUCAAUUCAACAGGACGACAAAGAAUGCCAUUCACUCGACGAUAACGCUUUUUAUAGUUUAUAUACCGGUAUGAUUCUGUUCAACAGACAUCAACAUCUUACUCGUAAUGUAGCGGCCGUUGUCAAUCCAUUUCUGUGCGCCCCAUCAAUUGUAUAUGGGCAAGGUAGUCAAAAUUUAUGGCAAUUACUCCCCUACUCUAUUUUGGUCAAUCACAGUUUCGCUUAUAAGCAUGGGCUUUAUUUUCCGUAACAGGUUGAAUCAGACUUCACGCUCAACGACUGGCAAUACGUAAUGGUAACUUGGGCACGAGAAAAUGGCCUGGCCUUGUAUAUUAACGGUACAGAAAUUGCGCGUGCGCGAGGCUACAUGCCUCAAGAAGGGGACCAUGACAAGGACACAUACACAAGGCUCAUCUUGGGACGUAAUGCUGCAGGAACACCUUACGGUUACACCAGGAUGGUCGCUUCUUCCCUAGUGUUCUUUGAGGCAGAGGUGCCAAAGGAGAGCGCUAAGGACGUUUUCCUGUACUUUUCCAGCAAUGGUUAGACUUGAUUUCUAUUUUCUUCCUUUCGUUCCUUGGCUUUAGUUAAUGCGCUCAUAAUACUCGGAAUUCCAAGUGAUACACUUAAUUUUCAGGAAUGAAUACAACUUGGACCAUGGUUACUAAAUAUUACACACAACGAUUUGUACUUUCGAUACGGUUUCAUGUGAGACAGAAUUGCUUACGUCAAGGAAAGAAUUAAGGCUAUGGGAAACCUCUUGAUUUCUAUAGUGAAGAGCGCAUGGAUCUCAUUUCUGGACGUAACUAAACCAAUGCUGCACUAAAAUAUCUUACAACUUACAAACGCUAGCUAAUGAACACCUUUCUAUUGGGUGGUAACUUUCAGUAUCAACUGCAUACAGUUAUACUUUACACCAAAUUCUAGUACGAAUUUAUUCAGAUGGUCAACCUUUCUACCCUUUAUUCAUGCUAUAUAAUUUCCUCUUUACAACAGCUUCUUUCGUAGGGUUUCCUUUUUUAUGCUGAUGAGUGGUGGUAAGGGAUCUGAGUCUCCAUGUAAAGCACUUCCAAUUUCAAAUCACGAGAGGCCUAAUGUGCGCGUUUUGGUAUUUUUUUGUAUAGUCAGGCAAGAGCAUUUCUAAUAAGCUAAAAAAGUAAAACUGCUGGCUGCAAUUUGGUGGCUCUCGGGAGAUUGGAAAGUGUGCAUUAAGGGCUAGAAGCAGCUUGUACACGGCUAUAAAACCUAAACAACCGCCUCCUUUCUCCUACAGUUGAUUCUUCCUCAUCGACCCGUUUCGUGAAAGUUCGCUUUGACAACAAGGCCGGCACUCAAGUUAAAGUGAUUCCUAGCAAAGGACAGAACAAGAAUGAGGGAUACACUGUGCAAGCCCACAUGACUUUGGAUCUCAAUUUUGAAGAAAAAGGUCAACAAAAUGACAUCCCAAUAAGUUUUAAAGUUGAUAACCCGUGGUCUUCGUCAGACAAGCUUCUUAUGAAUGGCCAGCAAGGUUCUGUGACAGUAGUACCCAGUCCUAAUAAGGAUGACAUUAAACUUGUCACCAUUACUGCAGCAUGUAAGUAUUUGUUACUGAAUAGUCCAGUUUCCAGUUCGCUAUGAUCGCUGCAUAAAAGAAGUGAAGACGCGUUUUUUACAGACUUUACCUUCAUCUGAAGUAAAUAUAUUCACAAAUUCCAUCGAGGAGAAGACCUGUUUAUUACUGUGUCUUUUGUUUAUUUUCAAAUGUCAAACACUUAUUUACUUGCAGGAAUUUGUGAAUAUUUUACUUCACGUUGACGCUAAACCUGUAUGAUUCUGUCGUUAAUGUUUGUAAUCAACGGUAAUUUUUAAUUCGAAACUGAACUAUUCGUUACUUUAGAGAAACAACAACAAAGGCAACCCACAUACGGCGUCGACCCCGAGAUUUAAACCAGGGCCACCUUUGUUGGAGGCGAGUGCCCUCUCCACUGCCGCACCCUUGCUCCCCAUAAAUGCUCCCCUUUCCCUAAUUUCCGAGGCCCUAAGCUGUUCUUUCUUCAGCUGAUAGUUGUCAGUGUCUCAAUGCCUUUUUAUCCUUUACGUAAUCGGAGAAAUCUUACGUCUGCUUUAUACUCUCUGAUUUUCAGUCCGUUGUCUUCAACCAGAAGGUCUUUUUAAAGAUGCUACAGACAAAACCAGCUACAUUCACUGCCACAAAGGCGAGCCGCACACCAUGGUGUGUCCAGAUGAGAUGACCUGGGACGAUUCAAAGAAAUCAUGCUUUGGUGCAGGUUUGUGUCCUGAUCAGUGAGGUACUGGGGAAGAAGGGAGAAAUCAGUGCUGACACUUCUUUGGUAGUUCUCGAUCCUUUACGUUCUUUCACUACCAGAUGUCAUGAAAUAUUAUGAAAUUACCCGUUUCAGUCCACCGAGGAAAACAAGUGACACGUUUUUUAAAACUUUUGUUACGUUACGCCUUUCCCAAUGUUGAUUAUUAUAACCCGAUGGCAAAUAAAGGCGAAUCUCAACACUGAGGAAGGAGAAAAGAAGUACAAACGGGGUAAAGUUAGACAAAUUGGUCGAGAAUGCGUGAUAUGAAAAAUCGUUUAUUUCUAUUCAGUUUUUCAAAGAAAUUUGAUGAGUAUUUUAGUUCCCUCUGCCUUAUUUUCAUAAGCUCCAACCGACUUAGUGAAAGUAUUAUUAAAGGAGUUGUUGUGCAGCCUGUAACCAUGAAUAACUUAGUGAGAAAGACCUUAUCAAUUAAACAGGAAUGAGCAAGAGUUCUGUUGAGGUACAUUUUAGGAAUUUUGAACUAAUGCCUAAUACCUGCUUACCUGUUUAUCGUUGCAUCUGAAGGUUGCUAUCUCUCGACCUGCUCCGGCUGAAGCGAUAACUUCUCAAUACCAAAGACUGAAGUAUCUUCUAUAAUUUGUCAACAGGUCGGGAAUCGACAUUGAACGAAACGGUGUACUACUUCUACAUCAAGUUCACAAACAACGCUGGCAAAGAUGCCGAAAUUUUUAUUCCAGGCACCAAAAAGUCAAACGCCAUUCCUUCCGGUAAAUCUCUCUCAUUGAAGUUCUCCAAGUUCAAGAUGGAGCCAGCGAAUUUCGUGGCGCUUUCCAAACCAUUUGAGCGAUCUCUCUUGCUGAACGAUAUGCCGGUAUUAAACAUAAAACCUGAUUUGGACGCUGACAAGAUAGUACCUGUCACUAUCACAAAUCCACGUAAGUGUAAAGUGAAAAGUAUAGGAGACGUUGAAUUCCAGUUUGCAUCUUUCCCCCCUUUUUGUGUUUGAAGUUUGGCACACAGUAGGCCGCGAUGUUUUGUAGCGACAAAAAAUGCUGAUGCUUCGACCCAAAACAUGGGUCACUUUGUUUCCGCGAUAAAUUCAGCGUCAAUACUUUUGCGAUCUGUCGCGGCAACCAAAUUUCGUCUCCUCAACACCUUCAUUGGUUAUUUCACCGCUACAAAUCAAACUAGAAGGGACAGCUACAAUUUAGGCUACAAAUGGGCUGAUUUUAUAUUUUGAACCAUAAGCGAUAUAGCUUGCCUCCGAACUAUGUCGGUGGCUUUGUUAGCAAUUUCAAAGGCACUUGGAUUUUGUCAUGAAAUAAAAUCCGCCGCCCUUCCUUGUUGCUGUUAAGUAGAGCUGUUAUUAUCAAUUGUUAGCGUUCCCAAGACCGAGAAGGAGUCUUAGAUUGUCAUAGUUUUACCAUUUGCUCAGACUAAAUAAAAUGAACAUAUUUCUUUCAGCAUACUACUAUACAAUUUCAACCAAGACGGGAGCUGUGUAUGGCGGAGGUACAGACGGCAAAGUAUUUGUGCGUCUUACCGGUGACCGGGGAUCAACGGACAAGGUGCCGCUUGCUUCUAAUCUUCCUUCCGGCGUUCGUCAUUUCAAGGCUGGACAGUAAGUAAUGAUUGUAGCCAUUCGGAUUAAUUCAAUAAAACUUUUAUUAUAUCAAUAUACAGGUGUAGCUAUUGUUUUCAAACUCUAAAACAAUAGCUUGACUUGUAAAUUACACUUAGAAACGUUUUCGUGAAAUGACCUCUAGUUCAAGCCCUCUCUCUCCUUACCUUUGUCGUUCCUUCUUUGGGAAGGAGAACUUUUUCCUUUUUCGUAAAUUAAGUACGAAACUCCUGAUCCCGGAUAAGGAAGGUUUUGGUUUUAUCCUUAACUAAGUCGACUGAAUCAGAGUGUUGGUUGUUCGCUCUCAUUGCUAAAAGCCUCCUUUGGAAAUUAUUGCAUCCGUGUUAUUCUUUUGCAGAGCUGUAAUGACUCUCGCUUGUUAGGUCUCUGUAUGUAGCUGACGGUUGCCUCAUUUUUCUAGGCUUGACUCAUUCAGAGUGGCCUCUUCUGAUAUUGGACUGGUCACUAACGUGUUUCUAGAGAUGUACAAUUCUGGACAGGAAUCAAAGAAAUGGUUCUUGGACGAGGUAAUGUAUGCGCACGACAAAAAACUGGGCAAAUGUGCGUCAGUAUAUUUAACAAUUAUUCUUUGAAAUCGAGGUGAAUAGUGGCAAAAUAUUUACCGAGCCGCGAAAGCGGCGAGGUAAAUAUUCCCAAAGCCACUAUUCACCGAGAUUGAGAAGAAUAAUUGUUUUAGUAUAUACACACGAAGUGAUCUCAACAAAAUCAGAAAGGAAACCAUUCAAAAGUAGGAUUUGAUUGACAGAUCAAAUCACGCGUAAGUUUAAAAAUAGAUCUUUGCAGAAUUUUCAAACAUGGCAAUUCACAAGUUUACUCAUUUCGCAAACAACAGCGUAAUGGCUUCAAUGGAAUCGCUAAAAGUUUGAACUGUUUCCUUACCUGAAAAAAAAGUAGAGCUGUGUUGUUUUCUGUUGACUCGCCAAGUUUAUAGCCAAAAGGGCAUGUUGUGUCGUUCUUCGCAUGAAGUGCUGACAAAAAUGGCGGCUCGGUUGCUCGAGGUAAGAUGUCGGUAUCAUUCUUUUUCCUGUUUACUUGAAAUGUAGAAUUUCUGCAAACAUUUCCUUUUAAAUUUGUUUGUCAUAAAUAAACUUCGAUUUUUGAGCCAAAAUUUUCUUCUUAGAAAACGCUGAGUUCACGAAACGGCUUCUUCUACGCGAAUACACGGGAGUUGUAAACAAUCCAUCGAGCACAAAACUCCUGCUACAGUAAAUUGAAAAACGCCGUAUUGAAUCCUUCCACGUCUUUUCUUGCCUUAAAAAAAGUCAGCCCUAGGAUUUUGUCGACUUUUAAAAGAUCGUUCUCUAAAAAAAACGGGAAAAACACCGAGCUCACACAUUAUCCACUCGCUAGGAGGUGAAUAUUGUUGAAUAGUCCGAGAUAGCGAACCAAUCAGAUUGCUUAAAUCACCAAGAUCACUGAGUGUGUACAUACUAAGUCCCAUUAGCGAUCGCGUGCUAUAAUUACGUAUACAAAUGCGUAUAUGAGUAAUGUUAGCCUGUUCUCAGACCCGUUAAUUUCUCUUUAGAGAUCGUCGAGUGCGCGCAUGAAAACUGCGGGGCAUUUAUUGAUGUCAAGUGCAAGGGGAUGUCUUGCGCGCUCGCCGAUUUUCCAAAAGAGAAAGAAAACAACGUCUGUGUACAGGCUAGAGUAAUGUAUGCAGAGAGAAGUAACGUUUGUAUUUCACGCGAGAUUUUUGUUUGUUUGUAGGUAUUAAAGUAUUAUGCCUAUACAAUAGCAGUAACCUUUCUUGACUCGUGCAGGAACUUAUGAGCGCGAAAACGAUGUAUUCACACACAUAUAAAAUUUGUGCACCACUAAGAAUGGGUUUGACUUUCAUGCUCUUCUAAAGAAGUACUUCUUCUUUCUCUUUAGAUUUCAAUUAAGGACAUGAAACGACGCACAUUCAACUUUCCAGUCCACGACUGGAUAGAUACCAAAGAGGGACUUGUUGCUCAAAAGGAACUAUCCCUCUCUUCUAAUGGAUUUCACGACGAUCCUGUGAAAUCUCUCCCUACAUCAAGCCAGUCUGGUACGAGUAGCAUUACUUAGUAUUUUUUAGUAUUUCUUAAAAAAUCUUCCUUUCGUUCACGUCUUUGUUAAAUGAAUGGAAGUGAUCAGUUGGAGUUCUCACUUUAAAGAACGUGAUAGUUAUUGCAAAGGAAGACAAUUAUUCUAGAACAAUUUUAAAGGAGGCCAUGGAAGUCUAAUGCCACGCCCUUUCCUCAAGAAACCCCUCGGCAUAGAACUUCCGAUCUUGUUCUUGUUGUAAAAUUUGUCACGUGGUUGGACUGUCUUGACUGUGAACGUUUCGUGAAAUUCUAGCUUUCACGGUGCCAAGUAACAUAUUUCCUGAAUUUAUUUGCGAUUUAUCUGUAUUCCAAAAAGACAGUGCCUCGAAGUGUCAGUGCAAUCGUUUUUAACUUUUCCGACCAAUUGUAACGUUCUUUUUCUGUGCCGUAGAUGACUGCACUAAUCCAUGCCAGCAUGGUGGGAUCUGCGUUCACGGGCAAUGCUUCUGUCCUUUGAAUUACGAGGGAGAACAUUGUGAAAACGGUAACUUGUUAAACUUGUUGUCAUUCCUUAACCCUUUAAGGUGGUGUUACACGAGACGAUUCGCAACUACGAUUUUUAGCGCAACACAGCGUUGCAACAUUGUUGCAAUAUUGUUUUUAAUGGUUGGAACGUUGUUCCAAUAUUAACCCUUAUGUCCCAAGAAUGAUCAGCAUCUAUUUUCUCCUAACAACAUCAAUACAUAACCAAGAGUAAUGGUAAUGAGAAUUAAGAGAAUAAUCACCAAAGGGAAAAUGCUCUGAUCUUUUAUCAAAUUCUCUCCAGAAAUUCCUCAAAGAAAUGUAUGGAAAUCAGUUUGGAGAAAUUGUGUGGUCAAAGGGUUACAGUAACGUUCUAAUAUUUGUGGCUUUCUCCGUUUACGAAACUUACUGGGUGCAAAAAGACAGAAUCUGGGAACAAGUUUACCCUGCAGUUUAGAACCUUCGUAAAACUUCGCAAAAAUUGAAGACAUAGUUAAAAUAGAAGUAGACAUACGAGAGCCUUUGCACCGUCUUCAGUACGCUCAAUUUUCAUUUUAUCUUUUUGUGUUUCAUCUUUUCCAGCUGUGUGUUCAUCGACUUGUUUUAAUGGGGGUACAUGCCCAGACCCCACAAUCAACAACUGCACGUGUCCACGAGGUUACACGGGUUCAUUUUGUGAAACUGGUAAGUACUGACUUUUCCCGAUACUAGGCGAGUGCAAAUAGAAUGCCAUUAAACGACAGCGCCACACAACACAUGUGGGAGCUGUUGUCUGCGCUGGGAAGGCGGAUCAGCAUAACAGACGAUCUGUGUCUCUGGAGCUGUGUGUCUGUGAAUGAAAUAGGACGCUAGUUCAAAUGCUUUGAAGUAAUCUCCCUGUUUUUGGUUUGUAUGUCAUGCAAAUUUUCUCGUCACUUUUAUUGUUCACUUCCUAUUAAUAAUUAGUUACUUAUCUUACGUUUGAAUUUUGUUGGUACUUCCGUUAACUGUUACUUCUAAAGAUGUAUGUAGUAACAUACCAAACGUCAACUAAUUAUAUUUUUCCUGCUAUGCGUAUUUUUCUUCUGUUUAUCACCGAAGUUUGCGUGUUAUUUCUUAUCAAACUACGAUGACUAAAGAACAAGAGUAUUUAGGACAUAAUCUCCCUUUUGUUAUCCCUGAUGUUGUGAUUUUGUUUGUUACUCCAGCUAUCUGUAACAACUACUGUUUACACAAAGGAGAAUGUACUCAGCCUGAGAGUUGCACGUGUCCUCCGGGAUACAGCGGGAAAAGAUGUGAGAUAUGUAAGUAUGCUCGCAAGGAGGAGAAAAUUAGUCUCUGUUAAGCGGCCAAUAAUCAAAGUCCCGAAAUAAUUGUAGAAAAGAUUGGGAAACUAAACCUCUAUUAAGCGGCCGCGGCCACCUUUAGGCCGUCCCAACGAGAGUUCUCCCAUUUUUCUGACCUCCAUUAAGCAGCCAUCAAGCGCUUGAUAUACUAACUUUGAAGAAGAAAAUACAGUCAAUAGAUAAAAGAUGAAGACCGAUUGUGGACCAGUAAUGAUUACUCCCGUCGCGCGAUUGUUUCAAAAUAAACUGAUGUUUCUGGUAAAGAUUAUGCAAAUUUAUGACAAACCACUAUUAACCGGCCAAACUCCAUUAAACGACCACUUGCCGGUACCCCGAGGAUGGCCGCUUAAUAGAUGUUCAACUGUAAUCAUCUAAUGAAACACUCUGGCUUAUAUUACACAGCUUCUUGUCAGCCUGAUUGCUUAAACGGAGGAACAUGUAACAAUGGCACCUGUGAAUGUGCUCCCGGCUACUCAGGACCCGGAUGUAGUAUUGGUACGUUUAUACUUACUAUAAAGUGUGACUCACGAGCGCCCGCCAGUCGCAGAAGCUGUAGACCUUUUUAGCUUGUAUGUUUCUUUCCCCAAUUAUACUGUAGAUAACUGUUUCAUUCAAAUUUCGUUUUAUUUACGUGCAUAUGUACGCAUACGUUAUUGUGCAAAGGUGCAAAUUCCUCUGAGACCUUAAUUGCGAAAACAAAACAUACAAGCCGAAGAGACCUAUUGCCGCAAGUUUAUUCGCGACAUGUUAUUUUUGCGCGCGCGCUUGUGUGCGCUGUUUUCUAAUUAAUGCACGCGUCCCAGUGUCCCCCCUUACUGCAUUUCCCAUGCCUUCAAAUAAGUUGAAGACAUGGGAUUAGACUACGAGUAGUCCCCAAUUUUUCCUCAGGGAUAGUAGUUUCUCUCUCACCGCCGCGUCUCGCCUUUCUUGCGUGGGGUGAUUUUCACGCGCGCUCGCAUUUCGAUCGCUCUACUAUCUCUGAGGAAAAAUGGGGACUACUCGUAGUCUAACGUGGGAGCCUUAUUAGUGAUAAUUGGUUGAUAAGCUCUAAACACAAGGCUUUGGCACAGUCACCUCAUGUAAGGGAAUCUAGGACAGUCUUGGAUUCUGGAUUCCACGUUGUGGAUUCCGGAUUUCAGAUACUGGAUUCCGGAUUAUUUGUCAAAGGAACUUGGAUUUCGGAUUUCAGUCGUUAGUGGGAUUCCGGAUUCCUUGAGCUGUAUUCCGGAUUCCAAAACCCAGGAUUUCGGAUUCCACAAGCAAGAAUUUCCCCCAUUCCCUUACGUAGGGCAAGCAAAGUUUACCAGCGGGAAUUUUUCAAAGAAAUAUAUUUAAUAAGACUCGUCUUUGUAUUUCUAGAUUUAUGAAUUAAUCACAUUCAGCAAAUAUUUUUAAUGCGGAGACGUCCCUCAUUAUUAUUUCAGGGAGUCUUUGUACUCUUCCUCCGGAUAAUGGUCCAUGUUUGUCGGAAUUAGAAGAUGCACUUUCGCCUUCCAAGAAAUCUGGUCUAACUCCAGGCUGUCUCAAUUACCUAACAGACAUACAGAGAAGUUGCUCUGUUAGGAACACGUCAUCCAACUUUGAAGACUGUACUUAUGUUUGCAGUAAGUUUACACUUCCUUUUCCUUCCAGAGUCAAUUAUAAUGCAGCUUCUGAGCUUUCCUUCUAUUUUUCUGCGCUGAAACUCCUCGAGUCGUCUCUUUCGAUCGUUCAGGCCGCCAUCUUGGAUGAUUUAGCCAGCAAAAGUUGGGGAGAAGACAUACCAAGCCUAUUGUGGGUUUCGCGCGCCGUAUAAUCCAAAAUGCCGUCUCCGUCGAAAAUUCCCUGCCAGCAGAGGUCUCUCACGACGAGGCAAAGGAAGUCUCUCUCCUUCUGCUAGCAGGGAACAUCGAAAACCUAAUGAGCCACUGAAAUUUACUGUAAUUUUAACACGAUCCGAGUAUAGAGACAUUAAAUAUUUCUCAAAGGUUUUUCCCUAUUAAGUGACCGUUCAAACUAAAGAUACGUAGUGGUACUUUCUCAGUUGGUUUUGUUUAUUAUAUUGUACAAGGUGGUUCCAGCUUUUGAAUCUGAAGUCCAAUAAUGUGCCCCCUUGAGCAAUACAUUCACAGGGUUCUAUUUAUUCAGUACCUAGAUCUAACUUUGAGUAAGAGAACAUUUAAGUCGGGGGAUGAAAUCCUUUGAAAGUGUAGUAGCUGAUUCGAGGUGAACGCUAAUCCCGGAGUUUAAGUUUAUUUAUGUUUCCCGAAAAUUCUGUCACUAACUGGUUUAAGCCUGUUCUCGUCGCAGUAACCUGUUUUGCCUGUUUGGUGCCAUGAAAGAGAAUUCAACAUCACAUAUAGAUCUUGACCACAAUCAAAACAUGUGCAGGCUUUUUAUACCACCACCCUCCCCCCCCCCCCCCCACCCAAUCAUCCCCUUUCGCUUUCAGGACUGUAGAAGGGAAUUGUUAGGCGAUAUUCCAGGCCUUAAAGAAACCCUUGAACUCAUCGUCUUGGGAAAACAUGGAUACAAGUUGGAAAAUCCAAACGUGACUAUUUCCGAUGUACAUGUCAUGGUGACCGUGCUUCUUCUCAUGUCUUCAUGCUCAGAGCAUUUUCAUGCAAAAAUGCACGGUUUUGAACGGGCACGAAAUCCUAAUACACACGUGGUCUCCGUGUGCAGGGCGCACUUUGGUCGUGUGGUUGCUGUCACAUGACCAAACAACUUCAAUGACGCAAUAGCACCUUGGCUGCAAGACAAAAGCUCAAAUAUUUUGUUCAUCUUUGCCGAUUUAACCGUUUUUUUUUUUAGCAGUUGCAUGAUGUUUCGUUUAAAGCAUACAAAUAAGGCAUAAGUAGGCUAUCUCAAGUGCGGAAACUAUUAUCACCUUGAUCUUUUUAGACCAAGCAGACUUUUUACCAACAACAUGGGCUCCUGCCAACAAAGCAAAGGUUUUCACACCGGAUGCGGUUUAUUCUACGUCGACCUUGCUUGUAAUAGUUACUGAAUUUUUAAUCAUUUUGACAGAGCACAAUACUCUGUUGUUUUUGGAGCAGUAAAACGUGCAAAUGAUCAUGAAUACUCUGUGGAUUUUAAUGAGUAUUUUAAUCAAAUCUUCCCUACUGCUAACUUAGUGUGCUACCCCAAGGGUAAGUUAGCUGAGACCUCCCCUUGCAUGAUUGGACUUUGAAAAACGGAAACGCUUCUUUUGAGAAUUUUUUUUUGUCAUAAGAUAGAUGAUUGUGUAACUUGUGUGCGUGUGUUUUUUUUUUUCCCUCGUUUGAACAGCCUCGGAAAAUUAAAGGCGAAAUACGCAAUUUAAAUUAUAACGUUUUCAAGUUUACUAUUCCACACAACAGGAAUGAAGUAUGGUGACAUGGGAACCAGCCAAAACAAGAGACAUAAGUAAACGAAUUUUGUAUAUUCGCAGCAUGUUGAUUUGUCGUUUCGUUGUGAAACACAUUGCUGUCAUUCACUUUCGCAUGUUUUCCUUUUAUGACAUGUUUACCGACCAAAUGCUUUUUGUAAGAUAUUUUCGUGUUCCUUGUUUUCCUCCUCUCUUAGUUACUUCAGUAUAGUGACACAUAACGGUAAAAGAGUAGUGCCUAUUUCUGAUGUAAUGUUCGUGUAUUGUUGGCUGAAGUGAUUGAAUUUGUUUCGAUGAUCUCAAUAUGAACGCAAAUGAGGACAACCGCUCUUACUUAACCUCCUUUAAACCCGAAACAUGGUAAAAAUUGAACACAUCUUUUGCGAACUGGAAAGUAGUUUGAACUGAACGAAGUCCUAUUUGUGGCCAUUUAGAUGGAAGCUAUGUAUGUAUGUACUAGGGGCACCCAACGACUCCUUUCUGUAAUGACAGUUCCAUUCAUGUACAAUUUUCGAAUUUUAUCUAAUAAAUAAAUGUCCUGCUAUUUUCUUAACAUUAGUUUUUCGGACUCAAAAAUGUGUUGGAGAGAGAUGUAAAUGUAAAUGUAAACAUCAUAUUAUCCACUCCCCUCAGGGCUUUUCAGGGAUAAUUUACAACACUGGUUGGGGGACUUUGCCAGACUGCUUAAGGUGUAGUUUACAAGUAAUGAAGGAAUGAUUAACGAUGCCCCCAUACAUGAGUGUGAAAGUGAGAUAGACCACUACACCGGGUACUACGUACCCUACUCUUUACGAAGAGUGUGUGCAUGGGUUCUUUAACGUCCCACAGAUUUUUUAUUACAAGUGCAAGGGCUUGUGAGACGGGGCUUACGGUUUAUCGUCCUUAUCCGAGAAGACUAGAAAGUCAAACCGUUUGCAGAUGUUAUUACAAAGGCAGCACUUUCUCCUCAGUUAUUUAAAGACCCUGAGUAUUGGUCCGGCGGGGGUUUGAACCUACGGCCUCCCGCUCAGCAGACCGGCGCUUAUCCAUUGAGCUAACCGGGCGGCGGCAGAGAAGUCUCUCUUUCGUAAUACGUUAAAUUGUAUCUAAAAUUUUCGGGAUAAUAAAACUAGUUAACUGAAGCCCUUGUAAUUUCAAAAAGACUCAAGUUCCCCUAGGAUGACCGAACAGAUACAAAUUUUACAGCGCCACUUAGAAUGCAUUUCUACAGCUCUAAAAGCACUCUGGACAGCCUAAAAAUUGUUCUCAAUGCAAUGUAUUAAGGAGGAAACCGUCGUUGGGUGCCCCUGAUGUACUAAGUAGUCCGUUUCAGUGGCACUGUCUAUCGUUUGAGGCUGAGGACAAAAUCUAUUGUGAGAUCUUUGUUUAAACCUAACUGGGAUUAAGUCGUCUUCCCGUUAUGGAGUAAUUCUAAAGGUUAUCAUCCGUUUUUAUUUUAAACUAUCAAAUGUCCAACGAUAGGGUUUUUUUUUUUUAAUUCUACCCAGUUUCCGGCAAUGUAUAGAUAUUGAUCCGUUGUGCUUAACGCUACUAGAUACAGUAAUAUCAUAAUAGGCGCCGUGAAAUUAUGUGUAUAGCCUGAUCAGAUUUUUGAAUUGCUUCACGUCAAGCCGUGUAUGGAACUGAUCUGUUGUGAUUACAUCCUUUACCAAGUUAAACUUAAUUGAAUUUUUUAAUAAGCCAUGACAUCUAAACGGUUUUGUCAUUGCGUUUUCGUAUACUUCCAUCUCGCCUCACAAAUUUGUAAGAAAUAUGUCAAAUCCCUCAAUAACAGCUCUCCAAGGACAAUUCCUGACGAAGUUUUUCUCUAAUUCGUAUGCUUAACCAUUCCAAAAAAACUUGUUGAAAACUUUACUCAAUUUUCACAACUGAUAAAAUUUUUGAAGUGCCAAUGCUCUCGAAAUGAUACUUUACCCUUUUGUGGUUGGGUGAUUUGUGCAUAAAGCUCUGGAAUUUUGAAUAAGCAAGAACAGGAUAAGCUUUAUGGCUUAAGCAAGAAAAACACUUUUGAGUGUUAAGGCAUUCUUUUUUGUUGAUCUUGUUGAUCUUAUGUUUCUAAUGGGGUGUUAAGAGGAUUAUGAUGUCAUUGAGGACCUUAUCCGACCCUCUGAGAUUCUUUGAGUCUGCCGGGCAGACUACAAAAUCUGCAGGUUCUUAUAAUAUAAAUGAACAUUUUGGAGAAACAAGGACAAAACGAAAUGUUAAUAAGGAGUUGGUUGAGUAGUGUAGAUUACUCUUUUGCAAUAAAUAGAGCAGUUGUCUUGUGAGAAGAUGUGAAUAUUGAAUGGCAUUUUUCACAUACGAAGUCGGUGAUAUUUUCAUUCUAAACUCAAUUUCGAUUAUUUUGUCUAAUCUUCUUGAUAUUGAAGGGAUACCUAGAUAUCGAUGCUUUUGUGCCAAGGUAGUUGGUAACAAAACGUGCGAUUUUUCACGAACCUUGUAGAACAGCGUGAACACCGUAUCAGUAUGGAAAAGAAAUUUAAAAAGCCCAAGCUACUAUCAAAUCUGUAAGUUCAUACGGUACUUUCUCAAAAAAAAAAAAAAUUCAGUGGCUCCGUCUACAGAGUAAAUACACGUUCAUCCUUUAUUCAGAACUUCAUAUCUCUGUGUGCAUAUGAGGUAACUCGUCAUUGCGCAACAGAGUAGUAACCGGGCAAGUAAAUUUGACUCAAAAGUCAUAGGUAACUCGUCAUCGCGCAAGAGACAUAUCAGAACUAAUACAGUAAUAUAUUUGAAUUAAAACACACUGUAAAUGAGUCGAUGAUACUAACACCUCAGGCUAGUAACUCUAUAUAUUGCCUGUCUCUUGUUUGAAUAGUCAUUUAUGUGCAAUUACGUAACUGAGAACCGACAAAUUUGGUGGUGAAAGUAUGAACUGAGGACUUUAGAACACUUAGGAUCAGGGGCACCCAACGGCAAUUUUCGGGAAAAUAUCUGUUCGGAAGACGAUUUGAGAUCUAGAAUUUUCGGAGCAUUUGUUGUAAAAUUUCUUGCUUUCCUUCCUCUCCUAGGAUUUUCGAACAUCGACAAAAUGGUAUAAUUACCCAUUUUUAACGGAUUUUAACCCUGAAAAAGGCCACCUAGAAUUUUCGGAAGCCUUUUCCUAGCUGAAGUUUUCGAGAAGGUAAGUUUUUAUCCCUAUAAUAUUCGGAUCACUAGACUUUCAGCUAGGAAAUCCGAACAGAUGAAAAGUUUUUAGGGGAUAAAAAUAUGCCUAUAUCUACCUUUUGAAUACUAAACUACGUUCAACAAUGCUAUUUUUAAGUGGUUUUGAACUAUAUCCUCGUUGGGUGCCCCUGUUAGGAUGUCAAUUGAAGAACACAAUGGCAGUCCUUCGACACGAAAUUUGAAUCAUUCUGCGGUCACUAGAAAUAAGUACAUUCCUUCACUCAAACAUUUCAUUUUGAUAAUACAGAAGUGGUAUUUCUUAAAGAGCUUUUUCUCCCAACAGCAUUAAGGAUUAAAUUUGUUUUUGUUGGCUCGUAUAAAGAACACUGCCGGCUUUUUUGUAUAGUGAUCCGUCGAGCGAUUUUCUUGCACAAGCCCGUUGUGACACUGCUUGCACUUUGUGAAAAAUACAGCCCACUUUCCGUAGUCUUCUAACUCUUUAAGUCUGUAUUCCACCAAUUUUUUUUUUCCGCGAUCCCGCUCACAAGAAAUGGCGGUAUGAAUUUAGGAAAGUAUUUUAAUUGGAAUGAAGAAAAACGCUCAAGUUUUUAACUCGCAAGCUGCUCUUGAUUCAUCCAAGUUCUCCGCUCGCGCUUUUCUGUCUGCUAUUGUGCCACAACAGCAAUUUCUCUGUCUUUUCCGUUACGUACACAAUGUCCCCUUGAUGACACGUGUGGAUAUACUGCAUACAGUGGACCAUAUUAAGUCAUAGUGAAGCUAGAAUUCUUUGCAUGAGUGAACAGUACAUUUUUCUAUGUAAAUUGGGUUAGUCUUAAAAGUAGCCCAUAAAUCUUUUACCAAAUACACAACAUAGUAUGAUGCAAUGGAAAGCACCGCUUCGGGUGCCCAUUCAGUUUCUGAAGAGUAGCGGUUACCGACUAAGAAUGAAGUUAGGCAACCAGAAAAUUGUCUACUUACGUAAUGUGUGGUAAAAUGUACAAUGUUGCCUUUGCGUCAUUCGGCUAACAACAAAAGAAAUAAAACUCAAACAAACAAACGCGUCUGGAACUUACUGAACACACGCAACCUUUUGAACAAUAUCUAUUUACUCUAUUGAAGACCGCCGGUAAUUGUGUGUAUUGCGUAAUAUUAAAAGGGAUUUUAAGGGGACUACAAUUGCGUAGCUAAACCAACUAUAAGUUAAUACUUGUUCACGUACAUGGACAAGUGACUUCUGUAUGUACUUGUCGCGAGCGAUCAAUUUACUUGCAAUGGAGCAGAACAAAAAAAGGGCUUCCGAUACGAGCCUGAGCCAUUUCGGUCGACCGAGGCUGCUCGUCUCGUACGAAAUUGAUACGAAAGCAGAGAAAUUUUUACAAGGGAAAUGGCAGUGUGGCGAGAUUUCCAGUUUGAGACAAGAUUAGAAGAGCGGAACAAGUAAACAAAAUGUCGUCAAUCAAUAGAGGCCUGAAACAAUAUAGCAGAAAUUCAACUUGUUGUUGCAUUGCUGUUUGUCUCCUAUUAUUUGUUUGACAAAUAAAGGAAAUCCUAGCAGUCUUGGAUAACGAACUAGAAAAUGAAGCAUUUCAAACUUUCACCUGACUGCAAUAACAAUAAUUUUAGUGCAGGAAGCGCAACCACAAAGUGUCUAUUUCCCAAAUCCGGAUCGGACCGUGGUCUCUGAUAACCCUAGCUUAGCUGGUAUGAGCUUCUCAGAAAGACUACUAAAACCCUUUAUUGUUGUAAAGCAACUCACUGAUUUCACUAUUACAGGCUCUGGGUGGACGAAACACAAAAAUCAGUGAUGUUUUAUAGAAUGGCGCAAAGUAAUUCGUCCGAAAAUAAUUUUGAGUUUAGGCAGGGCAUUUCUUCUAGACGUAGUUAUUUUUCUCUCGUCUAUACCGUCAAAACAUUUUUAUUAUUAUCAUUAUCAUAAUCGCUAGUCAAAACGACUUUAAUUAUACUAAUCAUGAUAGUUAAUACCGUUUCUAAGGGUAAACAAUACGUGCUAAACAUUUGAUAACGGGUCAUUUUUAAUGAACCGACGUGAUGGCUUGCAGCGCGGUUGUGAAAUCAAAGUGCAACAUCAAUUUUCGAUAGCUCCGGAAUUAUUAAAUAUUGCCUUUAUGGCUUUAAUUGGCUGUCAGUUUGACUGUCAGUCACUAAUAUUGUAUCUCCACUGACUUUUCGCUGUCGCGUCUGUGGACGAAAUUGUAUGUGGUGACGUUUUAAACCCAUUUGAUUGAAAAAUUACAGUUAAUUACUUGCUAGUGGUUCAAUCUGUUCGUCUUUGUUUGUUUGCAUGUAGGAAUGGCGUGACUUUAUAACAUCUUUUUCGCCGGCAGAGACGCGAGGACAUUCUCGGGGAUUAAGUGACCUCGCCCACGCCAAGCGCCGAAUGAGCUAUCUUUUACUUCGUGCAGUAUCUCACGGCCUUUCUUGAUAUUUCUUGCUUGGCAGUAGGUCUGAAUCACGUAUAUCAUAGCACAAAGGAACCACCGCGAUCACAAUAAAAGACUAUUGACAUUUCCUUUUUGCAAUCAAAACAUAUCCAAUUGAAACAGCAUCUCUUCAGUGCUCCAAUACAGUCUGAAGAGCCAGGGCUAAUCUCUAAAAUUCAGCCAUCCUGUUUAGAUAUAGCACUCAAUUCAAACCGCUAAAGACCGGUAACAGAAAAAUAUCUAGAUUACAACCGGAAAGCAUUUUAAAAGGUUCAGUAUCUGGCAUAGUUGUUUGGUUUAGGGUAAUCUUUCGAAGUCGUAAAACAAAUAUUACACAAUGUAAAAAAUGAUUUUGUAAUAACUUGUUUGAUCCUAGUAUUGAAGUUUGUAAUGAAUCCUAUACAGCUUCACACUCCAGUAUUCGCAGGCUCGGCGUUCAAAUAACUCCUUGUACAGUGGCAAAAUGAAAAGGACUACGUGAAAGUACCGUGCUUGGUGGUUUAUUUGACGGAAAUCCGCACUGUCUAUCAUGUCCUCUUCUUGUGUUAUAAUGUGUACAGUGUUCCUAAUUGCACUUUCUAUUUCCUGUGGUUUAGGGACUUGAGAUUGGAAAGACUUUCUCCUUUUUUUUUUCUUUUGUUACUUUGUUUUUAUUUUUUUCAAAACGUUUAAAGCGUUUCCUGAAAUAGGUUUACUUAUUUUACUUGUAUCAUUUUCAAUUUUUCUUUAUUUGAUUGUAACCUCUUUCUCGGAAAGCCGAAAUGACUUGUGUCCUUAUUUCUCUUCACUUUCGGCCAAUCGAUCAGUUAAAUUUUCACAGUUUCACUUAAACUUUCUUCUCAUUUCACAGGAAAAGCCGCGCCCGUUUGUGCAAAUAUCUGGAAGAACAGCAAAUGCACCACCGAAGUUGUUAAGUAUUAUUUCGACGCUGCUUCCAACAUGUGCCAAGCUUUCAAGUACUAUAGCUGUCUGGGCAAUGAUAACAAGUUUGAUUCAUUACAACAAUGUCAAGAAACUUGUGUUCAAA